CUGCCAUGUACAACCCAUUCCUUGUUUUAAGCCACUGGUUCCUCUGUGAUGUCACGAUGACUGCAAACAGGAAAUGCUGAGAGAAAUGCACAGAAAGGGAACGGAGACACAAUAAUGUGCUUGUGAAAGGGGAGGUAAGAGUGAUGAUCACACCAGCACGGCUCUCGGGGAAGGAAAGGGGGCUGCUGGCUUCAUGCAUGUUGUUUAAAUGUCUGAUUUAAAGGGACAUUCAUUUGCAUGUUGUGUAGCUCAGGAUACAAUGAAUUCUCUGUCUGUCUAAUCUGUAUGUGUUCACAGUGAGGAGACCAGGAUCUUGUAAAAUAAAAACCCAGACAGGAGACUGUGGGUUCCAGGGACAUAUUGAUACAUUCUUAUUAUGAUUCGAAUUCUUCCUAAAUGCUACAAACGUUCCAUUUGUUGCAAGACCUCACCUGAAGUCCUCACAUUGUGCUGGCUGGCUGGCCAACAGCUGCUUAACAAGGGGCAAGGUGAAUGGCUUCAGCAAUAUGUCCUUCUAAACAUCAUACAGAGAUGUCAGAUUGUCUGGCUUUUUUGGCAGUGUGGCAGGUAGUAUAAUUGGUCAUCCUGACCAGCUGCUGCAGGACCUCUUCAUGAAGGGGGAGGGGGUGACUUUUAGUGAGUUAAUUCUGAAACUGAAUCUGUAAUUUAACUCCCAUUUGGGCUCACAAAAGGUUAAUUAGAGGGUGUAUUCACUAGACACUUGGUUAUACUCUGACUUGUGGAGAGUGAUCUGAAGUCUGAAUUGCAACAUUCCAGGAUUUUUUUUUUUUUUAAUACAGAUCUCUCCAGCUAAAGACACAUUUUAGUAUAAAUGUUACCAUUCACAUUUCACCACUUAUUUUAGUUAAUAAAUCCCGUUGUGAAUUGUGGUGGAACCAAACUUCAAAAUUUAGGACAUAAUUUGGAGGUUUUCAUUUAAAUAUUUUAAUGAAUUAAAACUUUUUUUUUUUAUUCCCAGUAGACAAACUGAAAACACAGCAUAUAAUACUUUUUUAUUUUUAAUUUAGACAUUUUGGCCCAAAACCUGAAAUUUGCUUUUAUUUCAGUUUAAAUUCCUGAAAGUCUUACUUUAGUAAACAUGUUUAGCUCUCUGUGAGUCAUUCUUUAUGCUGGUGUAUGAUACAAAGACUGCUUACUUGAAUAUCUUUUAUUUUUUCCUGGUAUUCUAAUUUAUUUUUCCCAACACAUUUUGCACAUCACAAUUAUGUCUAUACAUUGCACAGGUGAAAUGGUAUUCAUAUGUAAUAAUUAAAUAGUAUACAUACCUGUGAUACUCACUGAAUCCAGAGGCUACACUUUUCCGUAUUAGCUAAAGUAUGUUUGUAUCUUUUGAUAUUUGCUACGCUGUCACCACAUUUUCCUUUUACUGCUGGGAAUCGUUAUUAAAUUGUGGUAUGUCAUUGGGGACACUAACUUUCUUCCCAUUUGCCUGUGGGGUGAUAUGUCUUGAACCUGAUUAAAGGAACACUGUGGGCACCAUAACAACUUAAUAAAAAUUAAGUUGUUAUGGUAUCAUGGUAGAACUGCUCUCAAAUGGUUUGACCCCAGUGGUUGUCUCCAGCCCGGAUCUGAAAUCCCCCCCAGCAGCAUCCAGCUUCUGAAAUUGAUUAUCAGGAAGCAGGCCGCUGAGUGCUGAUGAGUGGCUAGAGCAGUUAGCUGACACUCUAAGCCAAUCAGUAGCUAGCCAUUCAUAAAAAAGCUUUAUACCCUUUUUUAUGAAUGGGGAGUUACUGAUUGGCUUAGAGCAUCAAGUGAGCAUUCUAGCCAAUCAGUAGCGCCCUGCCUGGCGGCACUCCGCGCUUUCUUGAUCAAGUCAUCUAUACUAAUCACAGCUAUCAACUUAUAAAUGUAUCUGGUGCUUAAUGUUUCUUUUGUGUGUUCUACUUUUGGUUGCACAGCUGAUGUUAAGGGUAUUGUUUUUUUUGUUCAUCCUAUUGCUACAAAGGUUUUUUGUAAUUCCCUGCACCAUGACUCUGCCCCCUUACAUAUCACUUUCAUGAGGGUGAAUAAGGACACCUUAAUUUAAGGGGUGUGAGUCAGGGUGUGGAUACUGUGAGAAAUGUUAUGUGACUUACUAAUCAGAAUUAUGCACCAAAAAAAAAAAAAGAUUUGGGCCAUAAAUAUGGACACUCAGGUGCUAUGCCCUAAUCAGUGACCUCGUUAUCUGGCUGUACAAGUAAUUCUCCUUCACUUCCAGGGGCUGUGCUGUAUGAUUCAUGAUUCAUAUCUGGUUGUUUCCCAUAAGGGCACAGUGUUUUACAAUUUGCUGCCGGUGGCCUUGCAUAUGUCUGUACAGUAUGGCCCCCUUAUGUGCAAGACUUGAGUGGUGAGGCUCAGCGAGCGUGAGGCUAGUUGUUGCAGUUUGGGUACUGGGGUCUCCAUGCCAGAGGGUGUCAUUGGAAUUUUCUGCCUCUCCUAUAUUUAUUGGAGUUACAAUCUGUACUGAGCAUUCUGACAAUUUCCGCAGACACAUUCACAUAGUGCAUGACCCAGUCUAUGUGAUUAUCAGUGACAUCAGGACAGAUAAGGCUUGAAGAGUGUUUUAGGAUUUACAGGAUUUAUUGGUACAAAGUUCAUGGUACACUUUGUAAGAUACAAUUUAAAAAAAAGAAUAAAUCAGGAUUACAUUGUAGUUUAAAAAAAAUAAACAUUUCUGACCUUCGAUUUUGCUAGAAUGUAUUGUUUCUACAACUAAAGACGACAAUAUCGCACACAAAGCAUGCUGCACAUGUAGCUAAUUAACAAAAUGAUAUCCCACAUUCAUAGCAUGCAACCACAUACAAACAAUUGCGGGAUUUUGCACGGUUCACUUGCCAGCCUGUGUUGUAUGAGACAUCUUCUAUUGUGUUUGUUUAAUUUCUAUGUAACUGAAGAUGGUCAUACAACUCAAUAAUUUAGUUUGACUGUUCCUUUAAACCUUUUAUUACUCUAUUUUCUUCACAAAACAUUAUUUCUACACAUCCCACUUCUAAUUCAGAUAAAUAAUUAUGCGUAAGAACUAGAUUGUGAGUGAUGACUGUGACUAAUACACUGUAAUGUCAUAUGCGCUCUUGGCUUCCUACAUAGAUCUAGCACUCAUUUAAAAACCACAAACUGUUUUCUUCCGUACUUUCUAUGAAAUGUGACCUUUUGAGCUUUUUCUAGAGCAUAAUAUUACUUGUUACUUUCUGAAAUAUAGUUUUAUAAAAAUGUAUUUUAUUUUAUUUAUUUUUUAAGGCGAUUGCUCGGUAUCAGAGGGUUAUUAGCGUCAUUAAUAAUAGCAUAACAUGCUAGACUUCUGAAAGUGUUUUAUAUAAAGUAGUGGUAUUAGGGUUAUAAUUCCCAUUAUGUGACUGGAAGCCAGACUGCUACACUUAUGGUCUUCUGUGUCAAACUUCUAGUCCCCUUUUAUGAUGUGCAAUGCAUCACAAGGCCACUUCCUAGUAAGUGUACAUUUUAAUCUAUAGAUUGUGAUGAUGAAAUGGCAAGUGAAAUGUAUAGAAGUUUAGGUACGAGUGAUUUCACUUUAAGAAAGCAGUUGCAAAAGGCAGAGAGUGGAAUGUGUGCUUCCUGGCCACAAAUGAUAAUGAAUGCUGGUUCGUACACCUUUUAGCGUGCUACUUGUUUUUUAGGAAUUAAAGGAGAGUACAGUGACACUUGAGGAUAUGGCAGCUAAAAGCCGUUUAUCUAUACUCUGGGAUUCUAUCAAUAGCAGUAGUUAAAGGAGCACUAUAGUGCCAGAAAAACAAACUCGUUUUCCUGGCACUAUAGGGUUGUUAGGUCCCCCCUCUCCUACUGUGCUGAAGGGGUUACAACCCCUUCAGCCACUUACCUUAAUCCAGCGCCAGGUCACUCAGCGCUGGUGACCUCUCCUCCCCUGCUGACGUCCGCUCUGAAUGUGACGCUGUUUAAGCAAGUCAAGCUCCAAAUGCACCUGGAUUAGUCACUUAUGAUUUUUUUUUUUUUUUUUUUAUUACACUCUUUGUCCUUAUUUUACUUUGCUGGAUAACAUGUUAAAUGUAAUGCCGUUAAAGAGACACUAUAGUCACAAAAACAACUUAAGCUUUAACCCCUUAAGGACACAUGACAUGUGUGACAUGUCAUGAUUCCCUUUUAUUCCAGAAGUUUGGUCCUCAAGGGGUUAAAGGAAAAAUAUAAUGAUUUUUAAAUUCGUAUUUAAAAAAAAAAAAGGAAAAAACAAGAGGUUUCUGUGUUCUACCUCUUUGGUGUGUAAUUUUUUUUUUUUUUUUUUUAAAGGGUUUACAUGUAAUCUUUUAUUUUCAGUAAUAAUAAUAACUUUUUCCUUUUGAAUGUUCCAAAUAGUUCUGCAUCAUUUUUUGCAUUCUUGCUGUGUAAUAUUCAAUAAGUAGUUUUUCUUCUCACCCUUAGAAUGCAGGCGACAGAAAGGGAUGCCACUUCGAUGGGUGGAUCAAGCUGGUCAGAGGGUAGUCCAACCAUGUCAGAGUCACAAGCGGAGUCUCCACAAAGCACUACUAAGUCCCAGUCAUUUGAUCUCUUCAAUUUAGUUGUUUCGUACAAGAGAAUAGAAAUGUAUCUGGAGCCCGUCAGGGAUACUUGGGAUGGAAUCAAAUACUUGUUAAGGUAAUGUGUUAUUUAGAUUCUGCUUUCUCCGGGUGUCGUAGACAAUACUUGGACUGGGGAGGAGAUCAUUCCUCGUGGAAGCCUCACCAAAACAUUCUGAACAUUAUUUUUGCCUAGGAUUUCCAUGUGACACAAAUGUCAAACUCUAGUCUUGAAAGCUAAAAUUUCAUAGAGUCCAGUCUCCCCUAUUUAUAGCCUACAGGCACUUUCUAGUGUAAUUCUGAGUGCAUGUUCUAAUAAAGGAAAGAGACCUGCUGGUCAAAAAAGUUUCUCAAAAUAAUGUGCAUAAGCUUUUUAUUUGCAAUGAAUUGUAUGGAGGUGGUAGGUAUUUGUUAUGAACCAAUUACCCAUACUGAAUUCUUUAUAACAUCACAGAUGGCAGAACCAGUGUUGACUGUUAUCAACGUCAUCUUUGUAUUUAUGUUUUCUUCUUAAGGGUGUUUGCUUUUCAUUUUAUUAUUCUUUAUCCCCUCUCCCCUCCUCCCGAGUACACACUCUUUGUUGAAACCUGCUACACCUGUUGCUUUUUUUUCACAAUUUUUCAUCUUUCGUUUUCCUAGAUUGAGAUGAUAAUACCUCGUAUACCUGCUAUUGUUGCUGUUCAUAUAUAAAUUGUUGUAGCAAAUGUGUCUUUAGCAUUGCAUGCCUUUGGGUUGUCAGAUUUUUUUAUUUAUUUUUUAUUUUGUAGUUUGUUUUUGCCCACUAAGUAGACACCUACUUUUUUUUCCAUAACAUAUAACAAGCAUGUGCACCACUUUACAUAGCAAUUGGUUCAUUCAGCUUUCACGGUCCUUGAUCAAGAUCCUUGAAAGAAAUGUCUAUACGAGAUUGACAGACUUCCUCGAGUCCAACUCUCUGUUAGACCCGCUUUAGUCUGGUUUCCCUGCUAAGCACUCUGUGGAAACGGCACUGACCGAAGUAUCCAAUGAUCUACUCACCCUUCUGUCAGUCCCUACAUUGGCUUCCUAUAAAAUAUAGGGCUCAAUUUAAAAUUCUGGUUCUUGCUUUCAAAUCGCUAGAUAAUGCUGCUCCCACCUAUCUAUCCUCCCUUAUACACAAGUAUGUCCCGUCUAGGCCCUUACGAUCUGCUGAAGACUUACGUCUAUCUUCUGUCCGUACUCCCACCUCUGAUGCUCGCCUUCAAGAUUUCUCGAGGGCUGCACCUUUCCUGUCGAACUCGCUUCCCUCCUCCGUUAGAUGUUCACCCAGUCCCCACUCCUUCAAAAAAAUCAUUUAAAAACCCACUUCAUCAUAAAAGCGUAUCAAUUAAACCGUUAAUAGCUCCUGACUGAUUCCUCUUCUGCAACUGUCACUAGUCUAAUACUAUCCUUACCUUUUGUCUCACUUUACCCCACUCCCUCUAGCAGGUAAGCUCAUUCAGCAGGGCCCUCAACCCCUCUGUUCCUGUGUGUCCAACUUGUCUGGUUACAACUACAUGUCUAUUCGUCCACCUAUUGUAAAGCGCUGCGGAAUUUGAUGGAGCUAUAUAAUGGCGUGUGUGUGUGUGUGUGUGUGUGUGUGUGUGUGUGUGAGAAGAUGAGAGCUGUAUGGAGGGAGUGUGAUUGUGUGUGCUGGUUGAGUCUUGUCUGUGUGAUGGCUGAAUUCUAACUUGAAUUAUGCAAUUUGUAUGUAAUUUGCUACAUUUUGUAGCUUGGUAAAUAAACCUGUGCAGCUUUCAUAAUAGAUUCAAUAUUAGAAAACAUGUUUACAUAUUGCUUACAUUUUGAAAUAACCUAAAGAGGAAUUUAUUGGUGAGGAUUGCAUAGCUAAGAACAUUUAGAGAACACAUUGUUGUGUAAUUUAAAAAAGAACAAUGCAGUUUGUUUAACAAAUUUAAAAAAAUACUGUCGUUCUGGAAAUUACACCCUUAAAUAGAACAUUGUAAAUUGUAUAUAACUGUGUGUGAAUCCUUUUUUUUUUUUUUUCUUUUUCUCAUUUGAUGUUCUGAUUUCUUUUAAAUGUAUAUUUAAAAUAUGUGAAGAUUGACAUCAUAAUUCAGUUCUCUCUUUAUGUCUUACUGUGACAUUUAAACAGUUGGAUUAAACCUGCCAUUAUUGUUUAUAAGCUGAAUGAUGGCUAUACUGCAUCUAAAAGAUUGAUUUUUGUAAGAAUUUUUGCAAACAUGUGGCUAUUGCUGUUUUUGUGUGUGCGCAUUCUAAUGUAUUCUUUUUGUUAUUGUAGGUGGCAGAUGCCCAUUUUUUCUUUUUGCACAUGUCUUACAUUAACAAUUUUGCUACUCACACUAAAUGAAGGUAAGAUUUGACCUAUUAUGAAUGUUUGUUUUAAAUGUGCUCUCUCCUUAUUUGAAUAACCAACCAUACUUGUUUUGCAAAAGAAUGCUACAAUGUCUCAGUUUAACUGGAAUCUGAAAUUAAAGCGACAUUAUACUCCCCAGAACCAACGCAACUUAAAGGACCACUAUAGUGCCAGGAAAACAUACUCGUUUUCCUGGCACUAUAGUGCCCUGAGGGUGCCCCCACCCUCAGGGACCCCCUCCCGCCGGGCUCUGGAGAGAGGAAGGGGUUAAACACUUACCUUUCUCCAGCGCCGGGCGGGGAGCUGUACUCCUCCUCUCCUCCUUGCUCGCGGCGUCAUCGGCUGAAUGCGCACGCGCAUUCAGCCGGUCGCAUAGGAAAGCAUUUACAAUGCUUUCCUAUGGACGCUUGCGUGCUCUCACUGUGAUUUUUCACAGUGAGAAGCACGCAAGCGCCUCUAGCGGCUGUCAAUGAGACAGCCACUAGAGGCUCUGGAGGCUGGAUUAACCCUCAGUAUAAACAUAGCAGUUUCUCUGAAACUGCUAUGUUUAUUAAAAAAAGGGUUAAUCCUAGAGGGAUCAGGCACCCAGACCACUUCAUUAAGCUGAAGUGGUCUGGGUGCCUAGAGUGGUCCUUUAAUGUAGUGUUUCUGCUGUCUAUAACCAGUCAGAGAAAUUACAGUAUUUUAUAUUGCUGCCUAAGAACACGUCCAGUGGCAGUUACUCGGACGGCCACUAGAGGUGCUUCCUACUCCAUAGCUGCACAAUGUGCAGCACCUUUCUUCAGCGCCUCCACGCUCUGCAUGGAGGCACUGAAUGUUCCCCAUAGGGAAUGAUUCAAUGCAUCUCUAUGAAAGAGAUGCUAAUUGGUGCAAUGCAGUGUUUUGCCGCGCAUGCUCAAUAGCCUCUCCAUGUUUCCUAUGGGAAAACAUUUGAUUGGCUGAUAUCAUCAAGACGAUCUUAGCAAUGGAGACGGGACCAGUCGCAGUGAGACAGGUGUGGCAGUAGAGAAAAGGUACAUUCAGAAACCUUUCAUCUCUAUGGACAGGGGUGCCGGGGAGCUAAACCUUUAUUGUAGCACUAUAGUGUCCUAAAUACAUGUUUGUAUUAACUAUAGUGUUUCUUUAAAGCAUCACUUUCACACAAUACUCAUCUCUUCCUCUUUCCUACUGUCUAACUUUUUUUAAAUUUUUUUUUAUCUAUAUCUAACUAAAAACAUAAGACAACAUAGAGGCUACUUUUGUCUUAUGUGGUUUUCCUACGCCUAACUUUCUUAGACAAUGGGUGGAGCUACUGCUGUCUAGAAGUGUCAACGUCUGCUGUCACCAGGGACAGCUGCAGAGAAUUAGCUCUGUCUGUGGAAGAUCCUUCAUAGACCUUAAUGCUGUACAACAGGGAUGUCGGCUCCUGGAGCUAAAAAAAUGGACACACUACAAGAAGAUGGCGGCAUGCAGGAGGGAUCGGUUCAGCUAGGUAGAACUCUCCUUUCCUGGACUCUUCUCCAGCUACUGGAACCUCAUUGGCGAUGUCACAGUUCUGCAAAGUGCCUUGUUGGUAACAGUGUCACCUUAAAGGAACGCUAUAGGGUCAGGAACACAAACAUGUAUUCCUGACCCUAUUGUGUUAAAACCACUAUUUAGGUGGCUUGACCCCCGUAGCCCCCUUUAAAAGCAAUGAAUACUCACCUUAUUUCCAGCACCGCGCGGGUCCUCUGGCAUGUCACCCAGCCCCUUGGUGACAUCAUCAAAAUUGCCAAUUUUUAGCCAAUCGAAUGCUUUCCCAUGGGGACAGCAUUGGAUUGGCUGAAAUCGGCAAGAGGCGGGGCCAAACACUGUUUUGGCCAAUCAGCACCUCCUCAGAGAGCUGCAUUGAAUCAAUGCAUCUCUAUGAGGAAAAUUCAGCAUCCCCAUGCAGAGUAUGGGGACGCUGAAUGGCACGGCUACCUAAUGUGCAGCACUGAGCCAUAAAGCACCUCCAGUGGCCAUCUGAGGAGUGGCCACUUGGAGGUGUCCCUCCAAGGCAAUGAUUAUACUCACCAGAACAACUACAUUAAGCUGUAGUUGUUCUGUUGAAUAUAGUGUCCCUUUAAGUACAUUACAGACACUCCAGUGGAGAUCUAUGAUUAAAGAGAUAUUGCAGACACCUAAAGCACUUCAGCUUGCUAAAGUUCUUUUAUGCAUGAAGUGUCCUUCUUUUUUUUUUUUUUUUUCUUCCAUUUUUUCAAAGGGUGCAGAAUUUAAUAGAAGUUGGCACUUUUUAAAAUGUACCUUGUUACACACCCCUGGUUGUCAAUUGCACAACCGGUUGUGUUCCUUCCUGGUUCUUUUGCUGAGUGGAGCUCACAACACCUGCUUUGCUAAGACUUCUCAUUGAGCUGCAUUGGGAAGUCAGUGAUUGGACAGCCAAAGAAAAGCUGGGUGGAGUUAGAAAGGGAGAACUUGCAAAUAUCGAAAAACUGUUUUUUUGUUGUUUUUUUUUAUAUUUAGACAGUGGAGUUUCCUUUUUAAGAAAUUGCUUCUCAGUGGAUUGAUAGAAACAUACAUAUGUCCAUUGUCUGUGCUUACUCCUGCAACAAGCAUGCAUCUCUCUUCAUAUAUAAGAAAAAUAAACGUGGUGACAGCUUUUCACAAGGUCUAAUGUGAUGUGUUUUUAUUUAUUUAUUUUAUGUGGUUUGUUGAGUGGAACUGUCUAAAGUGCACUUUUUAUGUGAAAAUUAUGUUCUCAAGUUCAUACAUUUUGCGUUCAGAUAUAGGCCUUAAUCUACUAUUUCUGGAUAACCUUUUAAAUAAUUGCCUUGUUUAUUUUUUAAAGGAUUUAAUAUUUGAAAAUUUUUAUUUAAUUUUAACUUAUACUUAUACUUGUUGCAACCCACAAUGGAUGUUAUACAGGGUUGAUCCAGCCCUAUUGCCAUCUUGUGGAAGACUUCAUGCGCUUAUGUGUCCGCACACGCUCAUAUACAGAUAUACAAUUUGUGUAUGGACUAUAGCUGAGUUUCAUGCUCUGCAUGAGGACCUCCAGCAUCAGGAAAGCACUUAUUCAGAAUGCUGAUGUCCCUCGGUGGAGCUUCAACCCAGCACCGAGGGGCAUCAUUGCUGGGAUAAGGUAAGUAAAUAAAGGGUUUUUAACCCUUUAUUUACCGGGGAGGGAAGGGGGAGGCAGAGGGAUCGGUAGUGUCAGGAAUACAGCUUUGUAUUCCUGGCACUACAGUAUCCAUUUAAUAUAUAAUCUACUGAUACAAUUUUAUUUCUUUCCAAAUAUGCUAGAUUACAAUCUUGGAAUUGUGUCUGUGUGUUUACACAAUAUAAUAAAGAGGUUGUAGGUUUAGCUGCUCAGUAAGUAAAUAGCAAAACAAGGAUUUAAAAAAAAAAACAAAAAAAAAAAACUUGCACAAUCCAUGCCUUGCCGAGACUGGUUUAUUAUGUUAGGUGUGCCUCAGCUGACGUGUGCAGUAUUAUGUGGCCUGUGCGCUGUUUGGAUAUAACAGGAUUGUAAUAUGAAAAGGCACACUUCCAACAGUCUAUUAUGUAACUGGCUGGCACAUGCAAAGUGAGGUCUGUGUAUUAGACUGUUAACGACUAAUCCGGUUCUAUAUUGCUGAAGAAACCCAAGCUAAAACAGCCUUUAGCAGAUCUCUACAGAGCUGAUAAAAGUUAGUAAAUAGGACCAUUUCUACUGGCACAGAGUGAUAUUCUUCUCUGAGCAGUAGUGUACUCCAUGUUUAUUUACCCCAUGACUGGCAUCGCAGCAUCUAUACAUUAGUUGUUCUCAACUAUGGCGUCCCUUAUGGAUCCAAACUAGAAAAGCCACCAGGGGUACCUCCAAAUGAGUGUUGUUUUUUUAAAUUGUAUUUAUUCCUUUCAAAGCAACGUUUUGUGUGUGUGUGUGUUAAAUGUAUAGCCCCUUUAAGAGAGGUACAUGAAAAUAUAAGACAGACAUGUCCUAAUGUAUCAGUAUAAUAUUUAUACACCAGGUUAGUCACUAAAGUGAAAUUCACUCUGGAUUUCUGCCAGUCAAAAUACCCAAACUGGAAGCAUACUCAGACUUGGAGAAUGUUUUCAACUCCGCUAUUUUGACCUUAGAUAUGACAUUUCCUGUUAACUGCUGAUAAUUCCUACAUUGGUGAAUAACCCUGAUUUUAUAUCUAAUACGUAUAGUCAUCUAUAUGUGUAUAAAUAAAUACUUUUCAUGUGCAUGCAAUGGCACUCUCUCUUAAUUGUAAGACUGCAUCAGAGAAUUAUGGGAGUUGUAGUCCAACAACAUCUGGGAGGCCCACAAACUAUUCACUCAAGGUUAAAGGAGUUUGCAAAAAAAGUUAAUUGCAUCUUAUCAGAACCAAUCAGUAUCUAUAUAUGUAUACAUGAAGACUGCCAUUUGCUCUUUCAGUUUGGGAGCUGGAAUGUGCUAGAUACAUCUGUCAACACUAUGCGGAUCAUGCAUAUGUAGUUUAACCUGCUCUAUGUUGGUUGUUGCCUGUACACAGAACUUUACUAAAACUGAUUGUAAAAGAAGAGCAGUUAAGCAUUUGUUCUUCCUGCUGGGACAAUAUUGUUUGAAAUUGACCUUUGUGCUUGUGAUCACUGUCUGAUACACCUGUUAAGUGAUCUAUUCACUAGCAAUAAAGACCAGGUGUCUAAUAUAAAAUAUCCAUCGUAACCAAUCUGUAUACUGCUUUGUCACAAAUCCGGUAUGUGGAUAAAAGAGUAGAUGAUAAAUCUAAAGUGGAAUCCAAACGGUAUGUCAUGCCUGUGGCGAGGCUUGAAAAUGGGAUGGAAGAAUGUCUCUUUGCCCAUGGCAGCAAAAAUCUUCACACGCUUGUGCCCGAGGCUAAAAAUUUCACCAUGAUGUUAUGCUGGCCAAAUUGGCAGUACAUUUCAUAAAGUUCCUUUGUUAACUGAACGAAUCUGAAUUUAUUUGUGUGUGUGUGUGUGUGUGUAAACCCUUACAUUACAUGAUGCCAAAAUAGUACAUUGUAUCCUUUAAGAGUAGUUGAUACGUUGUGAAAUGUCUGUCUAUCUCUCUCUAUCUAUCUCUCUCAAAAUGCAAUUUCCAAGUAAUGGCAGUAGUAAGAUUUUUUUUGUUGGAGCUAUUAGAAGAAGCAUGUCCAAGAUCUGAGGCACAGAUUGGCAACACUUAAACAGUCCGGUACACAAGCUUACAGAGGAAGGAGUAGGAACCAGAUGUGGUCAGUAAAACAAGUUGUUUGUGAUAUCUGAGCAUCCGAACAGGAGUGAACAAUGCGAGCAAUAGUCUUUUUGCUGAGCCAAAUCUGAAGUACCAGUUCUAUCAGUCCAUUAUUUCGGUGCACUGUUUGUGCUUUGGGGUAUAACCUGAGAAUUUAGUCGUGGUCAGCACGCUGGGAACUCUGUCAUAGAGGAUGAAUGAAUAGCUAAAGAGACACUAUAGUCGCUAGAACAACUACAGCUUAAUGCAAUUGUUCUGGUGAGUAUAGCAUGUCUCUGAAGGCUUUUUGCAGUAAACACAGUUUUUUACAUUUACAGCCUAGGGAUACCUCUACUGGCCACUCCUCAGAUGGCCGCUAGAGGUGCUUCCUGGAGCAGGUCUGUACAGUGUGCAGCAUUAACGUUCAGCCUCUCCACUCUCUGCAUUAGGAUGCUGAACGCUCCCCAUAUAAAUGUAUUAAUUCAAUGCAUCUGUAUGAGGAGAUGCUGACUGGCUACGGCAGCGUCUUCCCCUGCCCCUGCCCGCCUCCUUGGCUCAGAUCAUCAGAAUUGACAAUCUUGGCCAAUCUAUUUGCUUUCCUGCGGGAUCCUACAGUGAAAACAUUGUGACUUGCUGAGAUCCUCAAUCCUGAUGUCAGCCAAGGAGGUGGGUCUGGGCAGGGCCAGCGCAGGGAGACCCAUGCAUUUAAGGGGAGAGGAGUGUAAGAGGGACAGGGACCCUACGUGUUAACACUAUAAGGUCAGGAAUACACACUUGUGUUCCUGACCCUUUAGUGUUCCUUUAACUACAGCGCUAUGGAAUUUGUUGGCGCUAUAUAAUUAAUAAAAUAAUAACUCUGGUGUGGAGGUAAACUCUCUCUCUAUCUCUAAAGCUUAUUUUAUUGCCGGGGGGUGUUAUAGCAUAGACACUCCUUUUUAUGUUGCAUUCUCUAACUUCCAGGGGUGAGUUGAUUUAUUUCCCUCUGUGGUGCUUGCAUAUUUUUUUUUCUCUCCUUUUUCCCUUGUCCCUUCCCACUCAGGAGUCAAACGUGUACUAUUUGCAUAUCAAGCUGAUCCCAUCCACGGGCAGUUGUUGUAUGAGAAUUACACUUCCACACAACUGUUUCUGGCUAAAGGGACAUUAAGUACCAUAACAACUAUAGCUCUCUCUCUCUGUGUGUGUGUGUAUAUAUAUAUAUAUAUAUAUAUAUAUAUAUAUAUAUAUAUAUAUAUAUAUAGUACAGCAAAGACUGCUUAAAUACAUUAACAAUGGUCUGUUUUCAUUAUGAUUAACUGUUUUUCCAGUGGCAUGGUUCUCAGUGGGAGCUCUAAUUAUCUCCAUUCCUGCACUGAUUGGAUAUCUGCAAGAGAUGUCACAAGUACACUUACCAGAACCAGAUCUUACACGGAGGAAAUAUUACAGCGUUCGGCGUGAAGAACUCCAAAAAGUUAAACUUUCCCGCCAGGAAGCUGUAGCGGAGUUUAAAUUCUUGUAAGUACAGGCUUAUUUAGUUUAUCUUUCUUUACCCUGUGCUCCAUGAUGGCCACCCACUUCGAAGUUUUAUUGUUGGCAAUUUUACACCCACAACGGAUCUUUUCACAAUAAAUUAUAUCAAAAAGUACUGUACUGGCUUACCUAGUCUACCUAUCCUGAUCUUUUAAUUUUAUCCUUACAGAUUACAUUUUCAUGGUUAUGGUGUAAGCAUGUGACUUAGGUUGGUUUUGUUUAGUUUUUUUCCCCAAAAAAUAUUUGCCCAUUUCCUCAUGGCAGCAUAAAUACUGCAUUAAACUGUAGGGGUUAUGCUGCUUGCAUGUGUCCCUUUAAUUCAUUAAUGAGCUGUAAUGAACAGGUCACCACUUGUGUGUAUUUCACUGAAAGGAUGUGUAGAUAAUACCAUUACAUGGAAGGGAGUAAAUUAUUCAGUAGCUAGUUCAUUAAAAUGUAGACGUUGGCAUAUCCUGCCUUUUAGAAAGCCGCCGUUACAUAAUCAAUUUAUGUAAAGUUUGAAUCUCACAGGAGAGGCAUGAGGACCAUUCAAAAGGACGCUAAUCAACAAAUUAAGUCUGGAAGUUUUGAUAAUGUUUUUUUCCCAUGGUCCACUGUAUAUAAACUCUGCUUCGUUAUCAAAAUAACCAACAUAAAGAUGCUUGUGACCAUAGCAUUUUUUUGUAACAUAUAGUUUAGAGAUACAAUGUAUGUGUGUGUGUGUGUAUGUAUAUGUAUGCAUUUACAUAUGUGUGGUAGUCGGGUAGAAUUGUAGUCUGGUAGAAAAGCAAGAUGGCUCUUUUAGAGGGCUAAAAUUUUGCCUGUGUAGGUAUAGAAUACAUUUAUCAGUUAUCAUACAUAUAGAAUGAUGUAUUAUACACUGUCAGGCUUCCUACUGUUCACAAGCCCUGUGAAUGCUCCAGUAGUUCUAUUAUAAUCCUCUUGGUCAGCUCAGAAUUUGAGACCCCAGUAGAGGAAUUUCUCUAUCCUCUACUCGCUCUGUCAGAAAGUGCUCACUGAGAGCACUGAACAGCUUCCAGUCAGACCGGGUAGAGAUUCCAGAAGCUCCUCUACUGAGGUACGCUCGGCUAUGCUUCACAGGAGGAAUGAAGUGAAUUGGCAUGGGGGAGGAAGUAUGGGGGGGAGAUGCACAGAGAGGGCUGGGGGUGGUGAGCAGAAGCACACUCAGGGCUGAAGGAGGGAAGGAAGAGGCAUAUAGAUGGGCUGGGUGGGAAAAGUCUUGCACAGAAGGGCUGGAGGGGACAAAGACACACAGAGGACCUGGGGUAGAAGAGAGACAAAAAGGGGCAAGGGAGAAGAGACACACAGAAGGGCUGGGAAGAGGAAAAAAACAAAGGUGUUUGGGAUAGAGACACUGACUGAGACACUCACUGGUACUAUGGGGACAGACCUGAGGUAUAGACCAGAACACAUACCUCAAGAGAGACAUGGAGAAAGCUACUGAGAGGAAAAGGGUAGAGAGACAUUAGGAAUUGUCUGUCUAAUGCAGUGAUGUGGCCCUUUAGAUGUCACUGAACUACAAGUCCUGUGAUUCUCUGGCCAUCUUUUGCAAAUUAAAGAAUUCUGGGAGUUGUAGACCGUCCACAUCUGGGGGACCAGACUCUGAGAUCUCUGCAUUAGAGGCUGGAUAACAACGUGGUUUUAAUCAGCACAAGAUAUUUUAAGAUGUACGUUUUUCAAAGUCUGUAACAUGUACUUGAUAAAAGCCAUUUUAGUGAUAAAAUGUUGCCAUGUUUUACAAAUAAAUCUGUGUUUUGGACAAUUUGUGUGCCAGACCCUUUUGUACUUUUAAGUGUAUGGGAGUAUUUUCCCUCUGGAUUGCAUGCACCGUGUCCUCUAUAUAGUGCUUCCAAACAGUGAAUGCUGUCUCUUCUCCUUUGGGUAACUCAUAUGAUGACAUACAGCACAUAACUCUUUAGUCCAUUAUUGGGAUUUAUUGUAUGGUAGCUCAUGGAAGGGUUUAGUUAAUACUCUGCCUGAUCGGAAAGACAAACCUGCCACUUGUUCAACACUUUCCACUAAGGGGAAGGUGAUGGACAAUAUAACUGAUGCCUGUAAAGUUAAAUUUAAUAUUUCAUGGAACAGUAAUGUUGCAUGGAACAUUCUGGAUGGGGUCUUUUUUUCUUUCUUUCUUUUUUUUUUUUUAAUUGCCAAAUUAAUAAUUAACCCCUUAAGGACACAUGAUGGAAAUAUUCUGUCAUGAUUCCCUUUUAUUCCAGAAGUUGUGUUCUUAAGGGGUUAAAAAAUCCAAUAUUACAUCUGAGAUUAAAUGAAGCAAGUGGGGAAAAAAGCAGUGUGUGUGUGUGUGUGUGUGUAUAUAUGUGUGUGUUUAUAACCUGUUUUGAUUGAAAAUUAAAGGAUUCAUUAUUUGGGGGAAAACAAGUUAUGAUUCUCGUAGUUCAUGAGGUCGGUGGUUUAAUGGUAGUUUCCUUGACUUUAGUCCCAUUGCUGAAAAAUGUUAUACCUAAUCAAAUGAAAUGCAUUUCUGAUCUUUUUGAGUUGUCGGACUCUUCUGCUUCCAAACGAAUGCCUAACCUUUGAUAGCCAAGUAAUCUGUAACAAAAUAAUGACUAUAAAACUGCUGUUUCUUUUCUGUUCUGUAGUUUAAUUCACCUCGAGAGCAUACUGAAUACGAUCUGUGGGAACUGUGAGAAAGUCUACCAAGUUCUUUACUGGCAGAAUCCAUCCACAUCAGCUCAGUAAGUACUCAAAGCGAUAUUAAACCUUUUUGAGACCUAAUCAUCGUAAUUCAUUUUUUGCAUAUGUUCUCAAUAGUUGUGAUUUUAUAGUAUUAAAGUGAACCUGCGCCUUCCUUCGGAUCUGACAGUUGAGAUUUUGUAAAAAUCGCUGGCAAUGCCUGGAACGAGAUUGUCCUGCCAGGUUACCUGUGUUCAUUUUGUCAAAUGCACUUUACAUACAUAAUUUGGAGGGAUCUCUGUGUGGAGAGCCAAAUUGCAGACCACAUAUUUUCAGUAUAACUGAUAUCAAAUUUUAGAACAGUUGCACUCAUUCUGUGUGAUGGAUAGAACUGCUUUUUGGGAUAAACAUCUUAUGAGCGAUUUAAGCAUAUACAAUGAUUUUCCUGGGAAGAUAGAAGAUGAGUAAAUUUUUUUGUGUAUAUAUUUUUAUUUUGUAUAUAAUAAUAAAAAAAAUAUAUAUAAAUAUAACAUUUGCAUUCAAAGUAAACAUAACCCUUUAGGCUGUAAUAGUUGAAUUGGAAAAAAUUAACAUAAACAUGUACAAUUUAAGUUAGUAAAUUUUGGCAUAAAAUAUGUUCUAUGAAUUCCUGACAAUACAGUCUUUAGUAAAUAUCCUUGUUAAGCUGAUUAAUGCUUUAGAGUUAAUUGUUGCAGCUGACUUGAAAUACUCAUCUUGACUGUUGGAACUUUUGAGUUUCUCUGAUUUCUUAUAUUCCUUGAUUUUGUUGCAAUGCAUUAGCAAUGGCGUGGACCCUGUGCUCACUGUGCCUAGAGGGGUAUCCACUACACCUCACCGAGGAGGCCUUCAGAAGGCUAAAAUGAUCAUCUGGGAGUACUGUAUUUUUCGUGCAGAGAGGACUUGCUGGCAUUUGGCACUGGACUGCCCUUAUGGGUGGGAUCAGUCCGAUAUGAUUCAGAAUAUGUUCUCGCUGUAAUGGGACAAGUGAGCAAAGACAAUUUUGAGACCUUAGCAGGGAUUUACCAAAGGGCAAGCUAAUGAGUUUCUCUAAGCUUUUGCCUCAGAAUUCUCAUAUUCCUUGGUUUUGUUGAAACAGAAACCCGGUUUCUGUUCAUCCUCCUAUUCUGAAUGACCAGUUAAAAUGGCAGAGUGACAGGGAGCCAAUAUGGAGGCAACUUGUUUCUGGAUAUAUAUAAUUACAGCUAUGUGGAUUUCUGCAUUAUUUUUUUUUCUUUUCAAGCAUCACAAACACGUUUGUUAAUUAUAGAGGAUGAGUAUACAUAAUAAUAAUAAUCCUGAAAAGUGACCGUUCCCCUUUAAGAAUGUAAAAAAUAAUAAUAUAUUGACGUGUCUAUGUGAUGUCACCAUGCAGCCAUCAUUUAUGGACUCCUCAAAAAGGUUUACUUUAAUGUCCAGAGUGUUCUAUAUUAAAGCUGUAUAAGGCUUUCUAAUGGCCAAUGAAAUGCAGAGAGUGAUUUGGGGCACGGCUGAUCUAUGACACAGCCUAUUUAAUAUUCCCAUGAUGAUAUUCCAGUUUUGAAUAAAAGUACUUGUUUUCUAUAGACAAAGUAACUGAUGAGUACUUUACGGUGUAGAACACUCUGAAAUAUACACAAAAUGAAACUUUUAGAGUAAAUUGUCUCAAUUGCUUUCAAAAUGCAUUUGAAAACACAAAGUAGCAAGUGCUCCCAUUGGUAAGAUAAGUAAAGCUCUCAUUGUGUGUGAGUGGACUAAUUUAGCUACAUGGAUAAUCGGGUGAAAAUUAUAUAAUACAAAUUAGACCAAAUUGCUUGAAAUAUACUAAAUGGACUAGUAAAGUGAUAGCCAUAGGGGAAAAUAAACAUUUUAUUUAUACUCCAAAGAAUACAGGGAUUUCAGUUAAAUUGCUGAGUGCUCGUGAUGUUUUUGUUUGUUCAGUUUUAAUCUCAUGAACAUGUUUUCUGUCUUUUUUUUCUUUCUCUUUGUUAAAUCUUCUUUGGCUACAAUGUGUGUCAAAGUUUGAUAAUUCAGUAAGGUAACUAGAAAUGGCUUGCUUGUCACAAUAGAGAUCUUCUGCUGAUGUUAUGCCUAAGUGUUUGAAAUAAUAUUUGUUUUGUGUUUUUUAAAGGGUUUGAUCAAGAUCAGUGGUUUUGGACAAUGUAGCUUUUGAACUGUUUUUGAAGUGCGUCAGCUACUUUAACAUUGCUCUGUGUGGAUAUGUUGCUACCCUCUCUUCUACAGAGUUUGACAAAUAUUUGUAGAACUUAGAUGCCAAACAAAACUAUUCAAGCCAGUCAUGAGGAACAGGCAAACAGUUCUCUUUAAAAUACUGUGUCCAAAAAAGAAGGCAUCCCAAUCUAGCCACACAUUCAGAGAACAAGAUUAAACAAAACGUUCUAUAAUUUCACCAGUGGAAAAUAUUUGCCAUUUUAGCUAUUUCGACCUUCAAUGUGAAAUUUACUUAAACAUUUUUAGGGUUAUUCACUAAAGUGAGAUUUGUCAAGAAUGCACAGACCCUAUCUCAAAAAAUAUUUACAAAUCAAAUUUCAGGAUAUUUAAUGGUAUAUGAUGACUUCUGUGUUUGUUGUUUUACAUUGGGAUUGAGGGAUUUGUGUUGGUGUUAUUUAGAUUGAAGUUGUUCAAACAAAUCCCUUUAAGCAUAUAUUUACUAAAGCGUGAAUUGUGGUUAAUUUAUAUGCAAAUUGGUAAAUUGUUUCCAAAAUAAAUAGCUCUUCGCUUAAUUUGCCAAAAAUGUAAAAUUAUAAAUAAAUUAAAGUUCUUCUCUCAAUUUCCUCUAGUAUUAUUCGGCUGUUGUCAGUGACUCUGUAUUUCUUUUUAUUAUACAAAAAAUAAAAAAACUGAUUUCUCUUAAUUUUUUUUUUCUUUAAUACAAACUGCAUUCCCCUUUGUUGAAAGUUUUGUUCAGAUAUAAUUAAUUCUUUUUUUUAGUUUAUUACAUGGUAACUUCCCCUUUCCCUUUUUCUAAGGAAAAUAUUGUAAAGUUUAUUUUAUUUAAUUUAUUGCAAAUUACAAGAAUCUGAAUUUACAAUACACUUUUCAGUAUUUCUUAAAGGGAUACUACAUGGUGGAUUUACCUGCCACCCAUUCUUAAUAAAUUUUAUAUACAUCAUGCUUAAAACAACAACAACAAAAAAGCAAAUGUAGAAAAGACACUUCUAGAUUUCACACGUGCAGGUUUCCAGGGAUUUACAUUUUUUGGUAUCUUGCCUUCAGUCCUCUCACCUGCACUUAGACUUGGAUUAGUAAGGGUUUGGAUUGAAGAGGUACUUCUGGUCAAUUCUUAGCUCAUUUAUCUUUUCAGUGGGGGUAUAAAUGGAGUUAUUCUUAGUUGCUGAGAGUGUUUAAAGUUCAAUCAUUAUUGUUUCAACAAAAAAAGUCAAAUAAAAAUAAAAACUACUGUCCAAUGACACAUUAGGCUGUCUACAUAGGAAAGCAUUGCUGCAAAGCUUCCUAUGGGGAUUUUAUUACUCUGGGUGUUAUCAUGUAGAUUGUUGGGACGUCCAGCAUCAGUUAGGCAUCUAAAACUCACCCAGCAAGCAGGAAGUGCUUUUAGUGGCUAUCUGACAGCCACUAGAGAGAGUCUCAGUCAUGCAAUGUAAUUAUUGCAGUUUCUCUAAAAACAACUUGCAAAAGCUGUAGAUCAUUUUUCUGCAGCCUUUGUAAGCCAUUUCCGGUUUCCUCAGUCCAGCCUUUCUGUGGCUGUCCAAUCACAGACUUCCCUACUCCGCUCAAUGCGAAGUCUGUGCAAGGCAGGCGCUCUGGGUAAUUGCUGCCUCUUGAGUUUAGCUCCACUGACCUAAACUACCAGGAAGUAAAAGGACCAGUUGUUUGACAGCAGGGUGUAACAAGGUAUAAAAUGUCAAUUUCUUUUGAAAUCUGCAUUUCUUGUAAAAUGAAAAACAAAAACAAAGCACUCUCUUCACAUACAAAACACGUCAUCAAGCGAGUGCUUCAGGAGUCUGGAGUAUCCCUUUAAGAACAGAGUUGGUUGAGUCCAACCCUCUGUACUUACCUUCCUGUAAAACAACAAUACUCAUCCCUACCUUUAAUAUAUGACCGGAUCCUUCAGCCAUAUACAUGCACCUUGGCUCAGACAGUCUGUUUCACUAUCUGAACAGACGCAGAGAGGACCAUUGAGACUGUCGGUUUUCAAACACUGUCUGACCCAAGGUGCAUGUAUAUGGCUGAAGGAUCAUGUCAUAUACUAAAGGCAGCGGUUUGUUGUUCUCGUUUUUUAUAUAAACGUCAUUAAAAUAAAUCUAUUCCCUUUCAAAACUUGCUGAAAGAAUUAUUAUAUUAAAAUGAGGUGGCAUGUAUUAUUUAAGUAAUAUUCAAAGAAGUUUGCAAGAGUUUUCACUUCUCAGCAUGCCUGUCACAUAUUAGUCUAUUUAUAACUGUUCCGACAGAAAUGAAUGAUUUAAUAACCCAAAUAUUAAAUAAUACAAACAUCUCUACUGGUCACAAAAUAAAGAACUCUCCCCAUGCCUGCUGUAUUAUUAGCGGCUAUCCUGCGUUCAGUAAAUCAGCACCCACUCUCAGAGCGAUAAGACAUGCAUUGACAUUAGAAAGUGAAGUGAUUGGAAUGGGCCAUUGAUAAAAUUGUGCCAAGAGUCUAAUGUUAGAUCAUGUUUUCUUAUCCCUGUUUCCCAUAUAAAGAGCUGAUUUUAAUAUUUUCACCAUCCUCAGGUUUUACGGGUUAUUGCUGGGCUCGGUUUGCAUUCUUUACCUAUUGCCCUUGUGCUGGGUUCUGGCCAUUGUCAACACCACUGUUUUUCUGAGGAACGCAGACUUUUACAGAGGUAAGCAAAAAGCUUAAUGGAUCUUUAAUCAUACUGUCCAUUUAAGGUAAACUGUGUCUCUAUUAUUUAUGUAUUUAUGCCCAAACACUCAUGGGAAAAUAUAAAUGGAAUUCAAUCUGAGACCGCUUUAAAAGGUCACUCCAAAUCAUAAAAGCACCACUGUUUGAAGUAUUUUAGGGGUUAACGGUGUACCCUGUAGCUUUAUGUUACAAAUGCACAGAUUUGAAGAGAGAUUAGCACUUUUAUACCCCCCUCCCCUUUUGAUGAGACCUCUCUGGUGGUCACCUAGUCCUCUGCGAGAUUUCUCUUCCUUCUUCACAUGGAACGCUCAAGGUGGAAGUCAGGGAUUCUCUUAGAUGAACAUUUGUUUCUGUGCUUCUCUAGACAAAGGAUUGGAUUAACAUGUCUCACCACAGGGUAAGUAAUAGCAAGAGGACCAAGGAAUCUAAAUUAUAAACUAAACAGUCCAUGUUCUAAAUAAAAGCAAAAUGUUAUGCAUUGCAUUUCUUGAUGAAGAGCAGCACUCACAUUGCAUAGAGGGCAGCAGUAAGAUUAAUGGAACACCCCAGUAGUAAUAUUCACUAAAGUGAGACUUAUCAAGAACAUUGGGGUGUUCCUUUUAAUCUUACUGCCUCCCUAUAUGUCUUCUUCCCUAUACGCUGCUCUUAAUGUACUACUGGGGUGUCCCUUUAAUCUUACUGCUUCCCUAUAUGUAAUAUGAGCGGUGUUCUUCACCAAAAAAUGCAAUGCAUAACAUUUUGCUUGUCAUCGUUUUUAAUUUAAGGGGGGGGACAAAAAACAACAGAUUUUCAAAAUUAUGUAGCAUGAACUUGUGCUUUGUCAGGGGCCCCAAAAUUUCUGGUGGCGACCAUGUUGGUGCCUACAGUGUCCCUUUAAUCUGUAAAUUGAACUUAUAGAGAUGCAUUAGGUCUCUCUGAGACAGUGAUGCACUGAUUCAGUUAUUUCCCCUGUCUCUGGAUAUUUUGAAAGAAGUGUUUUGAAAUCUCUUAAAGCAAUCAUUGCUGCGAUCAAUGUGUCUUCUGCAGGUGCGAGGAGAGAAAAUGAUUUCAGAAUAUUAGAUAGCUGAGAAGUUUACCUUUUACCUGGAGAAGUUGAAAGGUGCUAAAUAAAAAAUAAUUUGCAUUUGUUACUUUUUUUUCCCCUUUGUGCUCUGCUAGUGUCACAUAAUCGUUACAGAUUAUAUUAUGUAUUUUCAGCACAUUGAGUAAGAUUAAUGAUCUAUUCUGUUUUGUAACUGGAUAUAAUAUUCCUCAAUCAAUAUUAAGUAAUGCAUGAUGUUCCUUUUCAUUUCGCAUUACUCAUUCGAUAUAUUUUACUAAUUUGAUUAGCAUUAACAUGACUUGGGUAACUUUUGAUUCUCUACUACCCAUUAACUUUCUUCAAAAUGAAUUGCUAUGUCAAACUCUAUUGUUAAGGGUGACUGGCUGAAAUAUCUCAGGUUAGCUUUAUUUUAAACGUAUUUGAAACUAUUAGUUUAGUUUUAUGAGAAUGUCUCUUAAAGAGCUAUUCCAAGCAUCAUAACCAAUACAGCUCGCUAGGAGUAUCCUGGUGCUAUUCCCUGAUAAUGGAGCAAUUCCAGGCUCCCACUGGGUGGAGAGGCUUCUCUAAUGCCAGUUGAUGCGUAUCUGGCUUCUGAAGGGCUACAGAAACCGAAUGCCGAUCCUGGCGUCAUUCAUUUACUGCGCGCAUCAAGUGAGUUCUCUUGGCCAAUGAAUGACCCUCCCCCCCCAUGCAAAUAGUAUUCACAUAAUUAACGUAAGCCAGCCUGGAACUCUCCUUGGGGCAGACUGAUGAUGCUGCUGGGGAUAGGUAUAGUCUGUCAGUAACAAAAAAUAUCUCCAUAUAUGCAGUGUUUUAAACUGAAAUGCACCAUAGCCACUUCAAAACACUGAAUUGCUGAUGGUGCCAGGAGUAACCAUUUAAAGAAAUGCUUAAUCAAAUAGGAGGGCACUUGAUGUGAACUUGUUCUAACCUUUUGCUGUUUUCUCUGUCUGAACAUAUAAUUUAAAAGACCACUAUCAGGGCCGGACUGGGAGAAAAAUUCGGCCCGGGUAUUUUUUUAUUACAGCGGCCCACUAAGAAGGGGGCGGGGCAGAGAGGGUGUGUUUCGCCGUCACCAAUGACAAACAUGCCCCCUGUCAAAGUGAGCAUGUUGGUUCAGUGCUCUUCCAGGGCAGACCAUGUGCAGAACUCUGCUAAAGAGCUCUAGCAUGAGAAAAAUGCCCUGUAUUUGUUCUGCACAGUGCAAGCAAAUUUAAUAACAUGCUUGCACUCUGUUUCCUUGCAACUUGUCUCUGGUGUCUCUAUAAAUGGAUACCAGGAGACAAAAAGGCCAGGAAAGAGUAUUAUGCAUGUGUUCGGAGCCUGCUUGUGGGAUUGCGUGUGUGUAGAGUGAGCUGAUUGUGGUGUGGUAUUGUGUAAUAAGGUCGGUUUUAGUCGUGUUGUGUUUUUGGUGUAGUGUAAUGUAAUGCAUAUGUGGCUAGGGGAUGUAGUAAGUGUGUGCAUACAGGCUAUAGUGUGUGUGUGUGUGUAUAGGUGAUGUAGUGUUUGUAGGGGUUGUAGAGAGUGUGUGUUUAGGGGUAUAGUAUGUGUUUGUUUACAAUGAAUCUAGUGUGUUUAUAAGAGAUCCAGAGUGUGUAUUUUAGGAAUGUAGUGUGUGUGGGUGGUGCAGUGUGUGUAUACAGGAGUCUAGUGUGUGUUUGAAGGACCCAAAAUGUGUAGGAGAUCUAGUGAGUGUGUGUGUGUGUGUGUGUAUAUAUAACGGAUUCAGAGUGUAUAAAGGGAUCUAGUGCGUGUAUAUGAUCCAGAGUUAGGUAAGGGAUCUAGUGUGUGUCUGGAAUGUAAUGUGUUUAGGAGUGCAGUAUGUGUGUGAGGGGUGCUGUAGUAUAUAAUAUAAAUAUGUUCGGUAUUGUGUGUGUGUUUGGUGCAGUGUGUAUGUGUGAGGGAUGCAGUGGGUGUCUGAGAGGGAUGUAGUGUGUAUGUGAAGGGUGCAGUAUGUGUGUGUGAUGGAUGCUGUGUUUGAGGGGUGAUGUGUGUGGGUGCUGUGUGUGAGGGUGCUGUUUAUGAUGUGUGUGUGUGUGUGUGUGUGUGUGAGAGGGCUGUGUGUGAGAGGGCUAAGUGAGAAAGUGCUGGGUGGUGUGUGUGAUGGGUGUGAGGGUGCUGUGUGUGAUGGGUGAGAGUGCUGUGUUGUGUGAGAGUGCUGUGGGUGAUGUGUGUGUGUGUGUGUGUGAGAGGGCUGUGUGUGAUGGGUGUGAGAGUGCUAUGUGUGAGAGGGCUGUGUGUGAUGGGUGUGAGAGUUCUGUGUUGUGUGAAAGUGAUGGGUGUGAGAGUGCUGUGUGAGUGCUGAGAGUGAUGUGUGAGUGCUGUGUGUGAAUGUUAGAAGGGACUGAGUGUUUGAGGUGGGGAUAAAAUUUAAAAAAGCACGCAUUAUAUCCCCUGCCUGGGAGGAGGGGACCGGCACGCUGGUACCUGGGAGAGAGUGGGAUGGGGCCGGCAAUCCUUGGCAAGCGCUGGAUCUCGCGAGAGGAACCUGGCGGUCCUCCUCUCCCUCCCUAGCCGCAGGUCUAUGAAAGUGGCCGGUGAGAGAGAUCUUUGAUCUCCCCACCGGCCCUCCAUGGAAUACAGUGGGGCCGGUGCUCUGAUAGUGCAUAGUCCGGCAGGGGAUGUCCUGUGAUCUCCCCUGCUGGCCUCUGCCCAUGGCCACCGCAGCCCACCGGGCAUUUACCCAGUGUGCCCGAUGGCUAGUCCGGCCCUGACCACUAUAGUGCCAGGAAAACAAACUUGUUUUCUUGGCACUAUAGUGUUAAUAUGUCCCUCCCGCCGGGCUGAAGUGGGAGGAAAGGGUUAAAAUCUUACCUUUCUCCAGCACCGGGCUCCCUCGGCGCUGGGGACUCUCCUUCUCCUUCUGUCAUCAUUGGCUGCGCAUGCGCAGCAAGAGUCGUGCGCGCAUUCAGUCAGUCCAUAGGAAAGCAUUUUCAAUGCUUUCCUAUAGACGCUGGCGUCUUCUCACUGUGAAAAUCACAGUGAGAAGCGUGGAAGCGCCUCUAGCGGCUGUCAAUGAGACACCCACUAGAGGCUGGAUUAACCCAUUUGUAAACAUAGCAGUUUCUCUGAAACUGCUGUUUACAGCAAAAAGGGUUAAACCUAAAGGGACCAGGCACCCAGACCACUUCAUUAAGCUGAAGUGGUCUGGGUUCCUAUAGUGGUCCUUUCAUAAUGGCACGUGUCCUUCCUGGCACUCUUUCUUUACUUUUAGACACAAUGCUUUUUACCUGUGUUUGUUUGUUUUUUACUUUGCUUCCUUGUAGAUUAUUUGUGCAAAUGUAUACUAGGAGUUGUGGGGUUAUGGUUCCUGCACAGCUGCUCAUGGCUGCCAUAUAUUAGUGUUUAUGUCUAUGCUGAUGGUCAAAGAAGACAUUUGUGACUUGUAAUCUGUACUGAGGGCAACCUCUGGCACUCCAUGUGUGGUGGACUACAUCUCUCAUUAUGCUUUGCCAACAUUAUGGUAGACCUGGUCCAUAACCUCUGGAGUGCCAAAGGUUGCCAACCCUGGUUCUAGACUUUGAAAAAUGUUUUUGAUUUGUUUUUCCUCAUAAAGUGACCCCAAUUUAAGUUUGACAUGUCAGUGCUAUUUAAAGAAGCACUAUAAGCCCAAUUAACAUGGCAAUGGUCUGUAGUGGUUAUGGUUUCAGGAGUUCUCUGUCUAAUAAAGUAUUAUACUGGGAACCCUCUGGUUCCGUCUGUCCUUCCAGACCACUUUGGACAUUCUUUGACUUGGUGCGUCAGUUCACUUACGUUCCUAAGGAAGUUUGAUUACAAGGGUCCUUAUUACACCUUCCAUCAAAGAAUAUUCAUUGGAAGGAGAUGGUUAGAGCGGUUAGAACUGGGAAAUCUAAAAUCAAAUGCCCAGCAGACCACCUUACCAGUGAGUGUCCUUGAGUCAGACACCUAAUGAUGUACAUCCACCUACCUCAAAUCCUCAUCGAAUGUAAGCAUUUUCCACUUUUUUGAGUAGCUGGCCAAACCAUUGUAUUUAUAGAAAGUAAGCUAGAUGCUUACAUUCUGGAAGUGACAUUCCACCAUUAGCCAGGGUAAACACAGUUUGUGUGCAUUUAUAAUACUUUGUGCUCAAAUAGGUUCUCUCAUACAAUGCAUUGCUUUUAUUGUUUUAUUUAUUAUUUUAUUGCUCGCCUUCAAGAUUUCUCAAGGGCUGCACCGUUCAUGUGUAACUCGCUUCCCUCCUCCGUUAGAUGCUCACCCAGUCCCCACUCCUUAAAAAAAAUCGUUAAAAACCCACUUCUUCAUAAAAGCGUAUCAAUUAAACUGUUAAUAGCUCCUGACUGAUUCCUCUUCUGCAACUGUCACUAGUCUAGUACUAUCCUUACCUUUUGUCUCACUUUACCCCACUCCCUCUAGCAUGUAAGCUCAUUGAGCAAGGCCUUCAACCCCUCUGUUCCUGUGUGUCCAACUUGUCUGGUUACAACUACAUGUCUGUUCGUCCACCCAUUGUAAAGCGCUGCGGAAUUUGACGGUGCUCUAUAAAUAUCAUAAUAAUUGUAGCGAAGGCUAGAACGUCUGUUACUCUGUGCAAUUAAAUUCUUGCAAUACAAAAGAAAUACACCAGAUGGCAGGCCUGUCACUCUAACCAGUUUUGGAAAUUGGGGAAAAACUGUUUUUUACAGCAAAUGCAUUUUUUCCCCUUCUGCCUUUGUCUCUAUUUUGAUUUGUUCUAUACAGUCUUUUUAUGAUAUAAUAUAAACAUGUUGUACAGGACGUUACUCUUCACUUAUUUUUUUAUUUCCUACUUCAUAUUUUAAAAUCUGUACUGCUAAUCCAGGCAAACUCAGUUUCCCAAUGGUUGAUUCAGUCAAAUCGCUGUAUUCUUAUACCUGCUGGAGGAUGCCUCCCUGAUCUUUCAUGAGUUCCUACACACGCUAAGCACAUUAACCAAUAUAGGGUAUUGUAGUGGUUUUGGUACAAGGUGUUUUUUUUCCUCUUUGUUUGACAAAAAAUACAAAACUGGACACUCAGACUGCUCACAACCUCUUCUGCCACUAAUACUUCUCCAUUAUAAAUACAAAGCUGGCUGUCAGUGAUAGGCUGUGAUUGCAGGGUUUUCUCAAAAUACGCUUGUCCAAGAGGUCCUGAUGUUUAUUGUAUCCAACACCACAAGGUUCAGUAGGAUAUAUACCGGCUGGUUAGAGCAGUGGUAAAGUGAACUCUGUUCUAAAGCAGUGACCUUGCUUAUCAGUAAGUGACCUUGGGACACCUAUAUCAAAUCCUCAUAGAUUGUAAGAUUGUUUGAGCAGGGCCUUCUUCACCUUUAAUGUCCACUUUCUAUAAUAUGUUUAAGCUAUGAUAAUAAUAAUAUUUUUUAAUAGAAUUAUAGGACAUCUAUCAUCAUGGGACCAAAGGUGUUCAGAAAGCAUGUGAAGUGCUCGGCUGAUCUCCUUUUAUGCAUUUUGAAAAAGAUUUUUGUGUGCCAAGAUAUGGAUGACAUCUUUAAGGUUCAGAAUUAAAAGUAUCUAUCUAUCGAUCUAUCUCCUGUCCUGGUACCUUUAUUUGCUUUGACAGCAUUUAAUGUUGAAUGUGUAUGUGGUGGAGCAUUAUGGAGGGGGUUGUCAAGCCAAUAAACCUGGCUGAAAAAUAAAUUCUUGAACAGACACGAUAUAAAGUUUAGAAGAAAUGCAUAUUAUAAAAAAGUGUUUAUUUUAUACAUUUAUUAAUAGGAGUACAAACAUACAGUGUAUUGUGGUUAGAAACUCAAACGAAAACUUUCAAGCCAUUUUGGUUAUAUUCAAAUGUUAAUAGAGGCGUUGGCUUGAUCUUUAAAUUUCAUGUUUCCAACUGUUGUGCAUUUUGGCAACCAUCAUUGGCUGGCUGACUUGUUAACACAUCAGCUGUCCUUCCUUGUUAAAGUACCCUCCUUCUGAUGUUCAUAACACGGUUGUGGCUUGGGUUAUUAACAUGUUUCGGUCUGCAACCCCUCCACCUCCUGUCUCAUUUUUUUGCACAGUAAGUUUAAGAGGUGUGAAAUGUGCCCCUGUAUUAUAGAUUAUAGCACUCUUGGCCUGGAAUAUAUUGGUGUUUUUAAAAUAAUAUAAAAAAACAACAAUUUAGUUAAAUGAGAAGACUAUAUAAUUUUAAUCUUCCAAUAUAGUUUUGUGAUUUAAAAUAUGACUGAAAAAAAUACACUUGUCUUUGGUAGCCAUUAAAAAGUAUUGUUUUAUUAAAACAUGGUUCUUAGAUAAAAGAAUGCAAACAUUCACAGGGUGUAUAAUUAACUCGUCCUCAAAAUAAGCACUUGGGUAUAUACAGUGUGUUACAUAGCAGCAUGUAUAGAACACCCACGCCUUGGAUUGCAGUAAGCCUCAGAAAGAUGGAAUAACACAUUUGUGCUAAGUGGACACCAAUGUGCUACCAUGGACCAUUACAUAUUUCUAUACUAAUCUGGUUAUCUUUUGUGAACACCACAUUAAUUAAAUUACCCUCCUGACUUCAGAUUAAGGUACCUGUGAAGAACUGCCAGUCCCGUUAUUUUGUACAUGCUCUUUGUUUUAGUGCAAAUACUAUUGGGCAGAACAGUAUGUGCAGUAUGUAUAAGGUGACACAGUACCUAUGGGGUUUUUCCAUUUUUCGCUAAAACCAUACAUUUGGCAUCCCUUGCUUGAUCCCUUUAAGUACCAAGGCUUGCAUGAUGUAAAUAAUCAGCUGAGUAGGAGACGCUAUUACAGGAUACAAAUACGCUCUAUGUUUUAAUGUUUGAGGGUUGUUAGGACGACAUGUUUGAGGGUUUAUUCAGUAAACAGAGAAUUGGGUGAAUUUGGUCUCUGUUUACUGAAAGCAUUACUUGCUCUAACAGCAGUCUAUUUGAUUAGAUACAUUUGAAUUGUUUAGCAUGUUAUUGUGGACAUGAAAAAUCCCUACAGCCCUUUUGUGUGUCCUUUUUUCCCUUUACUGUUUCUCGAGCCCCAGCCUUUCCAAGCUACGUAGCGAAGACAGAUGUUUCAAUUUGUAAACUGGAACAAAAAUUGCAUCCAUUUUACUUUUGGCAUUGGAGCGUCCCUGGGACAGACACAUUUAUAUCCAAUGUGGAAAAAGCAGGAUGAUGCGAACACCGCUACUGUGAGGUCUUGUUUGUAGCUGUUGCUCAGAUGGUGAAUUUGGGUUGAGUUUCUGACUGUGCCUCAGAUGGUGAUUUCAAGUGUCAGUUCUUGGACGAAAUCUGAAUCUGCAGACAAUAAUGGUGUUUAUGUGUGUUAAUAAGACAUGGCUGUCCUAUUAUGCUUCCCAUCUGGCCAGUUCUUUAAUACUUGAUGGAACCUUCUGCAAUUAGUCCAUAUGUCACAUCCUGCAGAGAAAACCAUUAGCGAUGGACUGAAACAUGCAUUGCUAUGUUUAUUGAGAAUGCUGGUGUCGUACUAAAUUUUCUGACCUGGAACUGGUGAGACAGCAGAUGUCUUAUGGCUAGCUGCUUAUUUUGUUCCAUUGAGUCUAAAAUGUGAUUUUACUAAUCAUGGCAUCUAUCUCACUUUUAUUUCCUAAGGUAAUAUUAACAACCAGCUAAUAUAAAUAUUAGUACAUGCUUGACUUGCAGGGAUUUUUUUUUUUUUUUUUUAAUUUGGCAUAUCUGGGAUAAGUGUUCUGGAGAUAUAGCACACCUGAGUCUUCCAACCCCCCUCCCUCUUAAAAUCCUGGUAGUUCCUUGAACUUUACCAAGAUUGAGGGUGUAGUUUGAAAUAGUUUAUCAAACCCUUUUUUUUUUUUUUUGCAAUAGAAUACUUGUUAUGGAAUUAUAUUUUUUAUUUAUUUUUUAUAAAUUUGGCAUUGACGGUUCUAGAUUGUAAAACCUCAAAUUGAAAGGGGAUUUCUGUGUGUGCAUCUUCAGUUUUCUUCUCCACGGUCCUCCUAAAUAAAUUUGUUUAGCUGUAUUAUAUUUUUGCUGCAAUCUGAAUUGUACACCGUUGUCCUUAAUUCAGUAGAUUUUAUUAAUCUCUCUUACUAAAUGACCCAAAGUAAAUAAAUGUUCCUCCACUGAUCUUGAGGUAUGCUGCCUGGGAACUUCUAAAAUUAAUCAAAGAGUGAUACAUUUAAAAAAUAUUAACUCAUGGGAUAAACAAACCAGCUGCAUGGUUUUAUGGAUUGUGACUUUAAUUUAAAUGUGAAAAAAUGUUGUGAAAUUUUUUUAAGAGUUGUUACCAAGCCUAUUUUUGUGGUUCUUGAGAAACAAUGGAAAAUAACAGUUUUAUUUGUAUUGAUAUAAUGGUAUAAAAUGUAAUGGCUAUUGGUUUUAAAAGAAUUAAGGAUGUUUCCUGUCCAGUGAUCAUUGAUCACGCUAAUGAGAAAGCAGCAUGUCUAUGUAAUUCAUUGUUUAGCAGCAAAUUAGAUUUCUGGCUCUUGUUCAUUGUAUGUGCAGCAGCUAAACCUUCCCAAACCAGAGUGUCUUCUUUUUGGUCGUAGGUGCAAAUGGAACAGGGAGUUUAGGGAAGCAGCACUUUACAGAUAAAAUCCAUGUGUAGAAUCCAAUGGAACAAUAUAAAAGAAAAAAGAACAAAUGGGAGAGUAAUACAAAUAUAGGGUAGUAUGUCUAAAAGAAGUAGAGGCAAAAACAAAGAAAAGUAUUGCACUCACACUUUUCUGGAGCUCUAAAUCAUUUUCAGAUCACUGCUUUUGGACAGUAUAAUCCCUGUCUUCUUUGAACAUCUUUUAUUGGAGAAGUUGCAUCUCACAUUCUCGGGUGGGGGACAUACCACCUAUUCUUUUAACGAUUGAGCAAUAUUUGUCUGCUCAUCCAUUGUGAGUAUAUCUCCUUUUUAUUUAUUAUUAUUUUUUUUUUUUAAAAAGAGAGCACUAUUUUCUAUUAUUUCUAUAUUCUCCGCAUAUCACUGGAGCAUCAUCCUAGAUACACAACGUGGAUUAUUGGCAUAAAUACACGAUACCAGAGGGGAUCAGGACCAUCUAUAUAUCCACAGACUGGGAUUAUACCAUCCAAACGCUCCCCGUUCCCAUGUAAUUCACUAACUCCACUUUGAUUUUGCUACAUACAUUCUUCAAAUGUGACAAAAAUCUGACCACUGCUCAUUGUAAAAGUAAAAAAUGGAACACUAAAGUACUUCCUAGAUCUAUCGUUAACAUCUGCAUGGUCGGACUUGCUGUAGGAUACUAUCCCAUUUAAAGGAAUCUAUAGUAUUAGGAUUGCAAAGUUGUAUUCCUAACACUAUAGUGCCCUUUGGUUUCCCUCUCCCUCGCAGCCCACCUCAGGCACCCGUAUCCAGCACUGAUGUCCCUCAGUGAUGGUUUGGGGUUCCUAAUCCUCCUAUGUCAUCCAGUGGGGAGACCUAAUGAGCAUUUUGUACAACCGCAUUAGGCCCUCUCGAUAGAAGCUUUGCCUAAGUGCUUUCCUAUGGAGAUUUCACAGAUGCUGGAUGUCCUCAUGCAUUUAGGGAACCAGAGUCCGGUAAACUCCCAGAAGUGGUUGUCUGGUAGAUGGCUACUAGAGGCAGGCUUACUACAGCAAUAUAAACAUUGCUGUUUCUCAAAAACUACAAUUUUUUACAUUACAUGACUAAUGGAGACAGGGACAUUGCACUGAGCUGUAGUGGUCUGGCUACCACAGUGUCCCUUUUAACUUCUGAAUCCGAGAGACUUGAUUCCAAAGUGGCUUUAUUACAAAUGAUAGCUGGCUAACUGCCAGUUACCGUGGACUGUACUCUACUAAAUGUAGUCCACAACAUCCACACUGCCAAAGAGUUGCCCAUCUUUUCUUUGGUGAGUACCAAGAGUUAUGACCAAUGCUAACACAAGAGUAAAUGUAUGGCAGAGUGGAAUAUGUAUGCAGAUUCCUCUGACACAGUGUACUGCAUUUUGCAAGUUACGUGAUGUAGCAGUCUGCUACAUCGAUAUUGCAGUACUAUGCUAAUUGUAUCUCUAUAUUCAUAUGAGAAGAUUUGAUAUAUUAUUUUUUACUCGGGCAUACAGUAAACUUUAUAGGAUGUAAUUUUUUGUAUAACAAUAUGAGUCCUUGGUACUGAUUUGGUAGCACAUAUGGUGCUGCUAUAAAUUUGGACCUUCAGAGUGGGCAUGCUGUGUGAGACGUGUUGCAACUUCACAAAUGCCUGCCAACUUUUAUUUAGGAAGAAGAAAAAAACGAUGAAAUCUGAAGACACUUUCAAGCAUUUUCUAACUUUUAUGGCUGCCUUUCGUGACUCAUUAAGUGUGCUCCACUGUAAUCAGUCCUUAAUUUAACUGUGAACUUUGAUAACCUAUUUUGAUUCCGAAGGGGACAUGAACUCUGAGUGUAGACAGAAAGCAGCCUGGGAGGGUGCAAUGUAUCAUCCAGGAUUGAUCAAGCCAAAUAGGAGGAUAUUUGGAAGAUUGAGUCAUGUUUAUGUUUGUACUAAUUUUGAAGAAAGAUAAGGAUGCUUAAGAAUGCUGCGGUAGUAUUUGCCAGUUGCUUUAAUGUUUGUUGGCAGUACUGUGAACUGGAUUUAAACCAGUAAUAUAUUUAAAAAAAAGAAGAGCAGACAAGUAGCUUUUUAUAUAAAUUGUUUUAUAAAAGAGAACAAAUAUGCUUAUUUUUUUUACUAAAAAUGAAUAUGAGCUAUUUUGACUGGGGAUGUAUGUUGUUGCUAGUUCACUGUUGUAUCUAUGAAUUGGUUUUGAAGAGGUCCUAUCAUUCUGUGCCAUUAGUGAAGAAGUUAUAAUUACUAGUGAGUAAUGUAUAAUUUGUCUCCAGAAGUGUGUGCUGUGUCUAACUCUCUAUCCAGGAAGAUAAGUCACAGAAAACAGUAACCCUAAGGAAUUCCCACGGCUAAUAUCAGUAUUGCUAUCAGCAGAUGGAUCCCUAGUUUAAAGGUACACAAUGUGUAUUCCUGACACUAUAGUGUUAAAAGUAUAAUUUAGGUGGCUGCUCCCACAUUUGCCCCCUUUAUUCCAGCACCGUGUGUGCUAGUUCUGCCUUAUGACUGAGAUCAUCGGAAUUGAAGAUCUCCGCCAAACCAAUAUUUUCCCUUAAAAAAGCAAGCCACAUUGUGCCAAUCAGCAUCUCCUCAUAGAGAUGCAUUAAGUCAACAUUGGAUAGAGCGGCAGCACUGUAACAUGGCGGUGCAAUAUAAAAGCAAAUACAAACAUUCGACAUGAAGUCCGGUGCUUAAACUCCAAGGAUUACAGUAAUCAUCAGCCCAAAUACAUAGAACAGAAAUCAAAAAGGUUACCUGCACUCUAUCCGCAACGCAUUCAAAUAAUAUAGAAGUCUGAUUUCUGCAUUGUCCAAAAAAAUAUUUUUUUAGAUUUUGUUCAUGUUUUGCUUUCAAAUCUCUCAAUGUUUCAAACAUCAUAAAGUUGAUUUAAUCUACAGUUAAGAAUAUUUUUUUUUUUUUUUUUAUGGUUCGGUUCAUGAUUAAUUUAUGGACCUAUUUGACCUUUCAUGGUUUGACCCAACUUCUCAUGACUCUGUUCAUCAUAUGCAUGGGAAAUUCUCAAGUGCAUAGUCUGGGCUAGACUCCUUCAUAUGCUGGUUUUGAUUUACGAGACCAAUGUUUUCAGACACUUGCAUCUUACAAUUGGUUGUUCUGUGUAGUACUUAACAGUUGACAUAUGUUCUUAGAUAAUUAUUUACGGAUAUUUUUAAGAACUGACAAACAUUAAGAUCUAUUUAGUUACAUCUGAACUGCUGUUACCCAGUGUGAAAGGAUUAUGACUACGGGCCCUCUGCCGGCAUCACCUUGACUUAUUAUGAAAGUGUUUGGUUUUAUAUAAAAUCUAAUUUAUAAUUGUAACAUGUUUUAGAUAUGUAUUCUCUGCUCACAAAAAAAAAAAUCUAUUAUUUAAGUCUUAAUGUAUAGUUAUGUCCUCUUGUUCAGUUGUAGCAGAAUACAGAGCAUCUUUGCAACAGAGAAGCAACACUGAGAAUUCAACUUUAAAGUCAUUGCAAGAAACUCAAGAGGCAGAAAGCGGCCCCGUUUCUGAUCGCUCCCCCACACCACUUCACACCACCUCCGAGGUAUGUUCUACUCAAUGCGUUGUGUAUAUAUUAGAGUUUUGAGAUUGUGUAAGCAAAUUAAAUCUGAUUCUUUUAAGUUGGACAAGUACUUGAAUAUCACAUCUACUCAGUGGUGACUCGAGGUACAUUAUAUGUGGUGGUGGGGGGGGGCAUAAUUUAACACAGUCAAAAUUGCGGGGUGCACUAAUAACUUCAAAGGGGCGUGGGGUAACGUACUGUCAUUGGCUGUCUGGUGCCAGUUUUUUUGCUGGCAUCAGAUAACACAUUUGCACAGAAUACACGUUACCCACUCAGUCUUGUUCUGGGCUGGCUAAUGACACUUCUUAAUUGUGACCUUUAAUGUGUUUAGCGAAUAACUCCUCUAACUCCUGUUAUCUUCAUGUGGGAUUGCUAUAUUUUUAAGGACACCAAAUCAGGGAGCUGUGUACUAAACAGUGCCUUAUUUUAAUAUAUAAAUCCCACCAAUGUAGGAAUUUAUCUACUAAACAGCUUAAAGAUCAAAUCUAAGAAAAACAAAGUUGUUUAGUAGAUAUUUACUUAUGUGGGAUUUCCAUGUUUAGGGACACCAAAUAAGGGAGCUAUCUACUAAACAUACACGUUUUCAUGCAUACACACGCACAGAAAUACAGAUGCACAUUAUAACCUUGACCAACACACACCGUUUCACAGACAAACACCCACAUAAUCACAAACAUACUCACUCAUAAACACAGACAUACACAUCAUCCAACACAUUCAUACACACAAACACUUUUAAAGAAUCUACACAGCCUCCCUUACUUGCUCUGGGAGAGCUGGAGUCCGCCCUCUCCCUGGUGGCAAUUGGUUAAUGCUGGGAUCGCUUUGCUCUUCCUGCAUAGCUACCAUGUGCGCCCUCUAGUGAUGCUGAUGCCAGAAUAUGACAUUCUAUCCCGGCUGCCGGCACACAGCAGGGCGCAUGAGGAAGCUGUGCAGGAAAAGCAUAGGAAGUAUGAGCCUUCCUCGCAGUCUGCACUCCCCUCCAAUCUGGACUUCUUCUUUAUAUAUUUUGGCACAGUAGGCACAUGCCCUUUGGGAAUGCAAGUUUAGUUUGCGGUUGGUUGGCUCUCUAGAAGGGGGACAGUGUGCCACCUGGGGGGGGAAAUUUACACCACCCUAAGCCCCCGUAUCCCCCUGAGGCAACGCCAUAGCAUCUUCCUAUUCCAAGAUGGGACUCUCAAAAGAUUUAAACAGACAAAUGUUUCCAAUACUCUGAAAUUGUGGGAUGCCAUGCAUAUUAUUUGAUGGCAUUAAAUUGUGUGCAUCUAUCUGUGGCAGCCAUAUUUCCAGUUGUACCUCUAUGGCAGCAAUAUAUGUAUAUAAUUCCUAGCUAUAUAGCUUUCACAAUAUACGGAUGGAAUUGUUUAAUCUGUAAAGGGACAUCAUGUAGGUUUUUGUUUUACUGGUCAGUUGUAACCCUUAUCUUAUCUCAACCAUGAUGCUGAUUGUGUGCUAGAAUCCAGAGAAAGCAUAGAGUUCCAAAAAACAUAGUAGUUAUGACUAAUUUAUAUAGAAUAUCAGGCAUUAUUCCCCAAAUGUAUCUCAUCAAGGUUCCACAUUAUGUGCCUUUUUUUAUUUUCUUAGUUUUUAGACUUCACUGUUUUCCAAUUUUUGUUUUUUUUCUAUUUUUCUGAUUUGGGGAAUGGGGGACCUUGCUCUAAGUUAAUACAAUUUAAUAAUGAUAACAUUAAUAAAAAAAAAGUCAAUUUCUGCAGAGAUGGAGAAAGCUCAUUUGUGCCAACGGUCUACUGAUGUGAGGGUUAAAAUUACUUUCCACAUAUCUGUGAUCUGAAAUGUGUUUGUGGUGUGCUUUAAUUGUAUGUAAAUCUAAGAGAGGGCUUACCAUGCAAUAUAUUCUCUCGCAAUGCUUCUCCCUCUUUCUAGGAGCUCCAUAUUGUUGGUGUGUGGUGUGAGGUCCACAGAAACUAAUACUCCCAGUAAUGUGUCUUUAAACUACAAUAAAGCUGUUUAGAAAUCAGUCUGAGUAAGAUACACUGCUCAUGUUCUGAGUUGCAUUUUAGUUGCAUUAAUUGUUAUUAGUAAGUCACUUAGAAUUUCUCAGAACAGCCUGCCCCUGGCCACACCCCCACUCACACCCUUAAAAUGUAUCCCUCUUUGAUUAUUUUAAAUUUUGGGACAAAUGCCAUAAAGCAGCACUAUCGUGUGCUCACUGGGUCAAUACUUGCUGCCCCUCAAUUGGGCUAUAUACGGCUGCAAAAGGACCACUUUAAAUAGCAUUCUCUUACUGCUCAUCUCAUAACUCAGUCUGCGGUGAGAUGUUUUGUGGGUUCAUAUUUUGCUGUGUAGGUUCUAUAUUGGGGUGCAGUGCGCCCCAACUCCUACAUUCCAUAUUUCACUCGUAAAACUAAUGCCAUGUGUUUUGUUUUUGUUUUUUUAUUUUGUUUUCCACAAAAUAAUUUUUUUUUAAAAUGUAUUUAUUUUGUUUUUGUGAAUCAACAUUUUAAACAUUAAAUGCAACACUAUGUUUUUCAUUUAGGAAAUGUGUUAUAGGUCUCUGUUAUCUCAGUAGUAUUUAGGUGUAUGAUACUUUAUGUAUUUACUCUAUGCACACCUGCACCUAUAUAUUCACUCAAUUAUUUGAACACUUUGAAGAUUCGUUCUCAUUGUAUACAUAGCAGUAAGGGGACUCUCUAAAUUGGUAGUAAUGGUUGCAUAUACUUGUCUGUUCCAAGAGAAGCAAGCAAAAGUAUUUAUUUUAAUCCUUCCAAAAUGCUUUUAGGUGUACUUAAAUUUUAAAUGACUGCUUAGUACCCCAACCUCCCUCCUUCCCCUUUCAAUGUAGAAUGGCAUUCAAUUUGCCGUACAAUUUUAGAUAUGUCUUUAGCUAAGUGGUUUGAAAGCUAACAUUUCAGAAUGUGUUGUGCAUUAUGAAACUUUACAUUUUGAUAGAUUCUACCAACUUUUAUUUAAUUCCCCAGCAAUGUCAUUGUAUUCAGGUCACUGUAGAAUAAUCAUGUAAAAAAAAAAACACAGUUGUGAGAUGAGUAAGCGGCCAUUAAGUCUUCACUUUUCUUGGAUAUAUUAUUUCCUAUAUAUUUCAGUGUGUACAACUUAAGAAUGCUGUUCGUUUACAUUUCAUUAAUUCUGUGUGGGAUUUGUUCAAUAUUCCACACAUUCCAUUUGCGAUCCCUGGACAAUAACUGCGUCCCAUUCCUCAAUACAAGUACUAGGGUUACCUACCAUCUGGUAACUUGGAGGAAGACCUUGAAAUAUCACAGAGUCUCAUUUGCAUUAAAAUUGGAUAUAAUCUGCUAAACCAGACACAGCCUGGCAGAGUCGGUGGGCUUUGUCAACGUUUUGGCCCUGAGCCCAAGUUUGCUUUGCAGCCAGAGAUAUUUAAUUUAUCUUUACAAUGAAUGUGUUUUAGGAACUAACUUCACAUGAGUUCAACUGAGCCUGUUUUGGUCAUUUUGCUUAUUAUAAUCCUUAACAUUUGUUUUUCCCUUUCAUUGUUACUUUUUUUUUCUCGAUUUUAUUCUAAGAAUGAUUUCUUCCCUUUUUAAAAAUAUUUUCUAUUCUUCUGUCUCCUCCUGCAUUUUCUGUCUCCUCAGUUCUCCUCCUGCUUGGACGGUCCAGGUUUUACAAGCCAUACACUGGUAGGAUUUCAUGGAGCUACCAUACCGCUUCCUGUUGGAAUGUUAACUAUUUUUUUUUUAAUUCCAACAGCCUUUGAAACAACUGAAACGCAACAAGGUGUCAUACUUUCAUUACAAUAUGAGCAUAAUGAUGCCAAGGCAGACUAUUGUAUAUGGUUGCACAUUAGUGGGGUUAUUCGCUAAACCUGGAAUUUUAAAUAAUUGGAAUUGUGAGGAAUUAAAAGUUUUAGGAAAAUCUACUUGAACUUGUUUCCGCCAGAUCUAUUUGUCCUAAGAACUCAAUGUGUGUGUGUGUGCGCGCGCGCGUGAGCGUCACACACAAUAUGCAGUAUGCAUGAAAAUGUGGGAGAGGUCAUCUGGCCUAUUUUUACCCCUCUCCACUUUCCUCUGGGCAUUCUGCCAGAAGUGUGUGUGUCUGUCGUAAAAUGUUCCUAUGCCCUCAGCCUGUAGGGAAUGUUUCCUUCAUUAGACAGGUGCAAGGAGCUUUUCUAGCAAGUUUCGAAAAGCUGAGCACCUUGGGGUGGAUAUCUACUUGUUUAAUUUUGUUUACCUCUUUUUGGAAAUUAACACACUGAAAAAUAAGGAUAAAUUCCACCUGGGUGCACCAACUUUAUUUCCCAACAGAUCAAUUAGAAUAGAAAACCUGGGAACACGGAGUGGUAUCCAAAAUAGCAGAAUUUAUUUCAGGAACAUCAAUGUUUCGGUCAAUUUAUGGGCAUUUAUCAAAGCUAAUGAGAUCCAAAACCCAUGCAUUUAUCAUGAAAACCAUAACCAAUGACUACCUCACCAGGUGGAGACGGUUAGUGCACUUCAGACUGAAAGGUGGCAUCGAGCGUAUGUAUGUUAUUGAAACAUAGAAUGUGACGGCAGAUGAGAACCGUUUGGCCCAUCUAGUCUGCUCAAUUUUCUAAAUACUUUCAUUAGUCUAGGAUAGCCUUAUGCCCAUCCCACGCAUGCUUAAACUCCUUCACUUAACCUCUACCACUUCAGCUGGAAGGCUAUUCCAUGCAUCCACUACCCUCUCUGUAAAGUAAUACUUCCGGAUAUUAUUUUUAAACCUUUGCCCCUCUAAUUUAAGACUAUGUCCUCUUGUUGUGGUAGUUUUUCUUCUUUUAAAUAUUGUCUCCUCCUUUACUGUGUUGAUUUACGUGCUAAUCGGCAUCACAUCUGUCCUAAAAACCUUAAAGGGACACUUUAGUCACCCAGGUCACUUCAUAUCAAUGAAGUGGUCUGGGUUCAGUGUUCCUGUUCCUUUCCCUGUCCCUGUUAACUAUGCAAUGUAAAACACUGCAGUAUUUAAGAAAUUGCAAUGAUUACCUUGCAUGACUAAGACUGCUUCUAGUGGCUGUCAGACCGCUACUAGAGGCCCUUCCUGGAUGCAAAUGGACUCUAGGUCCCCUAAAUGAUGCUCUGCAUAAGAACAUCCAGCAUUAGUGAAAACCUCCCAGAGAAAGCAUUGAAGUGAAAAGCAUAAUAAUACUUGGGGCGCUUGACACACAUGCACAUUAGCACCCCCCCUUGUCAGAUGACUUUGGAGAAGGCGAAGUACUGACCAUGAAAUCGGGUAAGUGAAUAAAGGGUUUUUAACCCGUUAGCUGCCAGGGUGACAUGAGGGGGGAACACACCAAAUGACACAGAUUUGUAUUCAUAACACUAUAUAAUCCAUUUAAGAAACAUUUUAACAAUGUAAUAAUAAGCCAGGGGAGGACUGACAGCAACAGUCAUUGACUUUUGGUCUGAAGUGCACUAACCAUUUCGGCCUAGUGAGUUAGCUAUAUUGUACUGUUUUCACUAUAAAUGUAACAGGUUAUGGAUUGUGCAAUUAGGCUUAAUAAAGGCUUGAAUAUUGACUAAAACAUUGCAGUUACCUGUACCAGAUAUAAAAUCUAUUUACUUUAGGAGACCCCUCUGUGUCCAGGGUCUCUAUUUAUAAGUUCCAUAUUGUCCUAGUUAGAAGUCUGUUUUGUUUGCAAAGUUAUUCCCUAGUAAAACACUGUUUGUGAGGAUUCAUAUAUUGCUGAUUGGGCCAAUAUCACAUUUUAUGAAAACAUUCCCCUAAAGGUAGCAGCUGUUCAAAUGGUGUGUUAAUCUAGCAAUCACAUCACCUACUGUAUAUUUACUUGGAUUUAAUUUUCUAUCAAACCGAAAAGAAGUUGUGUUAAUGUACAGGGGUGGCCUGAAAUUCGGAGUAGGGUUUGAUUAGUCAGUAACUUUUUAUUAAUGAACCAAUUUCAAUGAUAUUCCAGACAAUGAAUGUUGUGCGUAUUUAGAUUUGUUUGACUAUGUAUGUACAGAAGAUGACAUCUCUUAAAUGAGUUCCAUUUACCACCUUGCAAAGUCAGGCUCUCUUGCUUGCAUUGUUCAUAACAUUAGUUAAUGGCUGAGGCUUUAGCGCUCAAAUUUCUGCACAAAUAUGCUUCUUGUGCUGCUCAAGUGUAUACGGUUUGUUUACGUACACCCUCUCCUUUUUGUAUUUUUCAUUUUUAUAUUAUCUGCUCGCCAAACAGUUGUCUCAGGAGGACCAUUGUGGCCCUGGCUGUAUGGGCAGUAACCCCACCCUGUUGAGACCACACUUUAAGAUGAUUUUCCACUACAGGACAUGCAAUUUUUAAAAAAUUAUAUCCCAAUAUCUCACACUGUUUUUACUUGUUGUUCCUUCCUUGAAAUUACCCAUGACAUAUCUCCCAUGAUAUGUACCUGCAACAAAAAAAAAUUGAACUACUAACAAGUUAUUUACCUGUGAAAUCCUACUCUGAAUUUUGCGCCACUCUUUACUCUGUUGCAUUGCAAUCUUGUUCUUGCAUUGGAGACCCCCACUUAUGCUUGUUUACUGUAUUUAUUAGUGGAUGUACUUUUUGGCAUGGCUAUAUGUAAUUUAGAGACGUGAUGAAAAAGACAAUAUAGAAUUUAUAAUGAAUAAUGACGGCAUGCAUCAAUGGAUUCCUCAAUACAAACAUGUGAAAUAAAAUGGUGAACUUUUUGACAAUGUACAAGAAUUCUCCAAUUAGAGGAGACAAGAAUUCUGAAAACUCCCUCACUUAUUAAUUUCUUGACAUGAUGACGAACACUUUCCACCAGUUUAAUUCUGUCAUUUAAAUCUGUCCCAAAGUACUUCAAACUAAUUCAUUCUAAUUUUUUUGGUCAGACAUAAUUUACCCAUGUGGUUACAACUACACACAACUCAGCAUAGUUUUUAAAGGCUUGGCAGGAGAUAAUGAUUUAUUCAACAGAGGCAGCCAAUCUGCUAAGAAUGUUUCAAAAUCCAUCUACACAUGUGAUGUGUGAAUAACCGAAAAUAAAUCAAAAUCUAAUUGACCCAGAAUAAAACAGUGCAGUACAGAACGAAAAUAAAAAAUGAAUGGGGUAAGAGAAUGAAAGAAAAUCACUGAUGAGGCUGAAUAGAAUAUAAUGCACUCAACAAUUUGAGAUGCCGUCCCAUGAGAGGUCAAAUGAGAGGUUUUAUUUGAGCUAGCACUUCUCUUUCUGAGCUGGUCUCAAACCUAACCUCAAGGUGAGUCUGCAGACAGGCUUACAACUUACUCAUGGAUAUUUUGCAUCACGUGGGCACCCACAAAUGUUUUGGGUGGUGUUAGACUCAAAAGAAGUUUUUUUUUUUUUUUUUUAAUUUAGAAUGAGAUUAAAAUAACACUCCAAUCUCUCCUGUGCAUUCUACAGCCUGCUGUAGUGGUUAUGGUACUAGAAGUGCCCUGUCACACUCCCAGCAUAAGUAGUCAAAACAGAUUGACAACUCACUUACGAUCUGCCGGGCGCCAGUAGCUACCUCACCUGGAACUAGGAGAUGCUGACAUUUUCUGGGCUUUGCUCAGUGCAUGAGCUUUCAGUUGCAAAGAAUUGUGUGUUCCCUAGGGACCACAGAUAAGUUGUCAAACUUUGCUCAAAUGGUUUGACUACUUACCCUAGGAUAUUGGAAGGGUCCUCCAGGCACUAUAACCAAUACGGCAGGUGGUAGUAUUUACGGUGCUUGAAGAAAUCCUUUGAUCAUUAUGCAUUAUUCUUAUAUUAUUGAGAAAUGUGUUCCGCUCUAUUUGUGUCCUCACUAGAACUAGACCACUGCCUUGAUUUAGUGUACAAUUACCUCACUUACCUAUAUAUGCUCUGCCUAAGCUAAACGGGUAAUCCAGUUGUGGACCCCAUGGUCACUGUUUCUAGAUGGGUGUCAGCUACACCUCCCUGACAAGGCCCACAGAAGGUUGAAAUUAUUAUCCGGGGUUGCUUUAUCUCUUGUGCAGAGAGACCUUUCAUUUCUGGACUGCCCUUAAGGCUGGGGUCAGUCUGAUGUGCCAUUACAAAGAGAGCCUAUAGAAUUUGCACAAGUGAGCAAAAACAUUUUUGAGACCUGAGUGUAGCCUAACUGAAGGGCAAGCUAUUGAAUUUCUCAAAGCUUUUGCCUGUUCCCAAAGUUCUCAUAUGUAUUCUCUGUUUUUGUUUUGAUUUGUAUAUAUCUACUAGUGACUCUUCAAACCUUCACUACAGUAAGAGGGGGUUCACAGAUAAAUAUGCAUAUUAAUUUGUUUUCAUUAAAUUUCAGUGGUUAACUGGUUAUGUUUAAUUCCACAGGACCUCUCCCCAGGGAGUGUGGAAGAAGCAGAAGAAGCUGAGCCAGAUGAAGAGUUUAAAGAUGCGAUUGAGGUGGGCUUAGUAAUCAUGUUUGUGCCUGGUAACAUAUUCAGUACCAAAGAGGGGGUUCCACUCAAAUGGAUGUAGUUUUAUCUUAAUUUGUAAUCUCUGGGGACACCUCAAUGUUGACUUCCAAACACACUUGGUCAGUGAGUCAGCCCCACGUCCCUCUUCCUAAGAAGCAAAAAGGGCACAUUCAGUGAGAAAGUUGGGUUUGUACCUCCAUUUCCAAAUAAAUUCCAGCUUGCAGCAUUUUUAGACAAGUUGGUUAGCCUGGAGUAAAGCCUUGCAUAGUGUCAGGAAGCAUCUGGUUCUUUUUUGAGAGGACCCUAUGUUUAGCAGAUCUAUUGAAACAUGGCGAGAGAUAUAGAUUAGGAUGUCUGAAACCUGGAUGCAGUAGGGCAUAGCUGAAAAACAGAAUGAUAAUCAAAUUGGCUGUAUUCAGAUUUUAUUUUUUCUUGUCCCUUUUAACAAAGAUGUUGCAUUACCAUAAAUGUUUACAUGAAAAGUCUCACAAUUCUCUACGUGAUUUAGAGUUGCAGAAAAUUAACAGAGAUUAACUACUUCUUUUCUAGUUUUCUAGUUGGUCACUCUUCAAAAGAUCUGUGUUUUAGUGUAUCCUCAAACACUAUUGAUGUGUUUUGUGUCACCAACCAACUGGCAAAAAUGGAAAAAUGUGUUAAAAAAAAAAAAAACCCAUAAAAAAUGAAAUCCUCUUACCCCCAUCAUUGGAACUCUAUAAUGAGCACCGCCAUUUUGGUUUUGAGAAUGAAAACUCUUCCCCUGAUGCUUGCCCUGGUUCAGCUUGCAUGUUUUAGUAGAAUGUGUGAGUCUCUCUCACAUGAAUCCCCAUUUAUUUUAACAUGGUCACUGCUUCUGACACAAGCCUGGUCGUUAAAAUCAGUUGCGACAAAUGACUCAAAGUUUAAAAAUAUAGUUAACCUUGUGAAAUGUUCAUACUGGCCCAUUUCAGAAGUAGGUAAGGCAAAACAUAAUUAUGAUAACUAUUCAGCUACCUUGUUAACCUCUUGCAGCCUACUUACUUAUUUUAGAAUUACUUACUUAUUACUUUUUUUUUUUGGCCCUUCUUCCUUUGCCAGAAUAGAACUUUGUUUUUAGCUACAAGCUAUAGAGUUAAGGGAAAGAAAAACACAGUACUUGAAAUGUUCCCAUAUACAGUGGGAGUUAAAGUUAAAUGAAAGGUGAACUUUUACGACAAUUUAGAAAUUUAUGUAUCCACCCAUUUAUCACUUAUUUAAAGGGCACCUGUCAUGCCCAAAACAACCAAUGCUCAUUCGAUUGAGCUCAUAAUGUUUUCUCUACAUUGUGCUAGCAGUUAUGCCAGAAAAGGUAUAGAAAAGGAGAAAAAUCUCUCACAAUCUCAGUCAAUGCCAAGCCUUUGACAAGGGAGAGCAGAAAAGACCUCACACAGGAAGUUCCUCUGUUCUCCUCCCAUAGCAACCACAGCGCAUGUGCUGUGAUUGCUAUGGAAACUUCCUGCCUGUGCUAUGGAGUAUAGGAACAGAGCGAUGUGACGUCACUCCUUUUAAAGCCAGCACGCUGAUAUUGAAGCCAGCAUGCCGACGUCACUGACGAGAUGUGCCUUGCUUGGGAAUGUAUCCCAAGCAGAGCAAAUCAAAGACUUCCGGGGAAGCGUCGGACAGCUGGGGGCAAGGAGCUGCGUGUUACAUGAAGAGUGGAAUGGAGGAAAAGUGAGUAAAUCUUAAUAAUUUACAUUGAAUACACCAUGUAUCUUUGUGAUAUAUGGUGUAUUUAAUGUAUAUGGGAGCGAUUUCAGGAAAGUAAUUUUAUUUAUUUUUAUUUUUUUUCCUAAUGGGUUCACUUUAAGAUGUAAUAAAUGCCUGCUACACCUUUAUGUAUUCUUUUAUAGCAUGGUUUAUACUAGAUGUAUAUUUUGAGUUGUCUAAUGGAGCUGCAGACCAUGUCUGUGUGCUUUAAUACAGUUGGCACAGGGCACUAUGUCUCAAUGUAAAUAUCUUCGUUACAUUCAUAGAUAAGAGGCAUGGGGCAACAGCUGGUAGAGGAAAUGAAUAAGGACAGAUUUGUUCCCCAUUACAUUUAAAGUUACAUUCUCGUUUCUCUCCAUAAGGUGAUUUAGAACAUAUGAUGCAUCUACCUUGCCUUUUGACAUUGGCUUCUAUUUAAGACAUUCCAAUCUCUUUAAGCCAAACAUUUUGAAAGUUCUUAGUUCUUAACUGUGUUCUUUUCUCUACAUGCUGCUUGAGAAAGGAACAACAGCUGAUUACAAUGGUGAGUGCAGACUAACCGCAUAUAAGACCACAAUAAAAUCGGUUAAAUCAGCCUGCAAACUGAAAAAGUAGAAGCCUACUACUCCUUGCAGUAUGACUGUUGUGUUGGUAUUGUUUAAACUAGAUCAGCCAUUUGUAAGAUUAUUUUAUUAGAUUUCAACCUAUGUCUUGUGAAGUGGAUUACUAUUGGGAAGUUAAGGAGCAAACUGUAUUUUCUGGACCAAUUAUUGGACUACAACAGUUAGAAAAAGUAGCAGUUUUAAUUUCCACACGUUUUUUUUUAUCCUUUUUUUUUUUUAAUAUUGCUUUUCUUAUUUUCCCAGUUCUUGUCUGUUUGUAUCUGCUACUUGGUUGCUUGCGUUGGGUUUCUCUAAAUCUGUGUCCAAUUUCUAGACCAGCUAUAGAACAUUUUAUAAAGUGGCAUUUUUUUUCCAAAAAGUCAGACUUAUUGUUGAACACAAGUCCACAUCAUCCGAUAAGUGAGCACACCUGUGGGAAAGUUCUCAGUUCCUUUUUACUCCUCAUAACAGAUUGUGCAUGGUUUCCAAAAAUGGACCAGGUUUGAAUAGGUAUCUGCUUUGGGUGCAGCUUUAUCACAUUUAAACCCACACUGUGUCCUUUUCUUUUCUUUUCUUUUUUUUUGGAACGGUAUCUUAUUUCACAGGAGGAUGACGAUGUAUCACAGGGCACUGUAGAAUACGACUUAAACCUCCAGGACAAUGGAUUCCUCAGUAAAAAUGAGGUCAUCAAAAGCAAGGUAUCCAAACUUACAGAACGGCUCCGUAAACGGUAUCCCGCCAACAACGUAGGUAGGUGACAUAUUUUUUUUUUUUUGUAGAAUUUAUUUUAUAUGUUGAGAAAAACAAAUCUAAAACCAUGUUUGCCCUUGAUUCUUCAGCACCAGAUCUAUUAAAAAAUAAAAUUUAAAAGAAAAAUGUACCCAUCAAUAUUUUAUUCGGCAUGACCCCUGAAGUACACCAACUGUUUUUUUUGGGGUUUUUUUUUUAUGAUAAAUUAGCAGUGUGUUUCCCCUACAAAGUGUUGGUUUUGGUUUUUAACACAAAAAUAAAGAACUGCGCUUACUGCAGCAGUAGCUUAGUAUCCAACAGCUUAAAAUACAUAGUAAAAACAAAGAGAACGUUACCUGCGCUCUGGCCUAAAUCCCCAUGUACAUUUAAACCAAAUGGACGCUCUUUAGUUUUAUUCCAAUGGCCAUUUGAAUAUAUAAGCUCACCUGCCACGUCAAGGCAAGCCUCAAACGGUGAGUCCCACUCUAGUCAUUAGAUUUGCUGAUAUCAGCCAAGAAUCUCCAGUAAGACAGGAAGGGGUAUUUUAUAAACCCUUUCACAUUUAACCCUUUAUAGGGCUUCUACACAUACAAUAAACUUUGCUGGUAUCAGACAAAGUGUAAACAUCUCGAAUGAGACAUGAAGGGGUGUUUUUAUAAACCCAUACAUACUUAUAGCCCUGUAAAUAAGGGUAAAUAACACAUACAAAUCACCUUGCUGAUAUCAGCUAGAAAGCAAAUUUCUCUUUUGAGACAGGAAGGGGUGCUGCCCCUACAUACUUAUAAACUCUUAACAAGACAAACAUGGGGUGGCUGGCAACAAUUUAACAUAGCUGUGUGAUACAAAAUUCAUAUACAAACACAGAGAGAAAGCCCCGCGGUUACAGCAGCAGUAGCUUAGUAUCCAACAGCUAAAAAUACAUAGUAAAACAAUGUAUGGGUUUAUAAAACACCCCUUCAUGUCUCAUUAGAGACGUUUACCUUUGUCUGAUAUCAGCAAAGUUUAUUGUAUGUGUAGAAGCCCCAUAAAGGGUUAAUAAAACACCCCUUCCUGUCUCGUAGAUUCUUGGCUGAUAUCAGUAAAUCUAAUGGCGAGUGUAGGAACUCACCUAUUGAGGCUUGCCUUGACGUGACAGCUGAGCGUCUAUAUUCAAAUGACCAUUGGAAUAAAAAGAGCCUCCAUUUUGUUUAAAUGUACAUAGGGAUUUGGGCCAGAGCGCAGGUAACGUUCUCUUUGUUGUGGUUAUUGGAGUAGAAAUAAAAACAACAAGGAUUAGUGUUAAUUCUGUACUCUACAGAAUGCAGUUUACAUUAAUAUCCAACUUUUACCUCGGGUAAAUUUUAACUCCAGUCUAGGGGGUUGUUGGGGUCACCUUCUAUCUGAUCACAAAUGUGAAUGCAAGAGGUUUUUCUAGACACAUUUUGGGUUUAUUUGCAAGAAUGUGUCAUUUUUUUAACUUAUAAGUUGGUAUAUAUGUCAAGUACAAGCAGUUUUAUUGCUGUCUGUUCCAAUUUUGAGUAAAUGUUUUUUUUCUAAAUCAUUCCAACCUGUAUCGAAGAACAAUUUUUGCUUUUUGUUAUCAUUUCACUACACUUCACUACACUACUCUGUCCUUUCCAAAGUCCUGUCAGAAAACUUUAUCCAACCAGCUUCUGUGCCAUGCUCACAUAUAUCUAGGCAAAAUAUCAACUUUAAUGGGAGCUCCUGAUCUACGUGCUUAAAAUUGUGUGCACAUACUGACUCCAAGUACUUCAUGGCCACGAUGCUUGGAGGAAUCCUUUAAUCAUACAUUCAUGUGUAUUCAUGCCCUUGAUGAAUAUGCCUAAGCACAUGCUGUCCAGACUUUCCUCUGAUGACCUGUACAGACCGUGAUCUUGGAAUCAAUUAUAGAUAACAAACAAACAGUAUGCAGUGAUUCACAUGAUCAAAAUAUAAGUUUGCCUCUAUAAAUCAAUGGUAAGACCCCACCUUGAAUAUGCACUGCAAUUUUGGGCACCAGCUUUGAAGAACGAUAUUGUAGAUCUAUAAAAUGUACAUAGAUGAGCUAAUAAAUUAAUAGGGGGGGUGGAUUUGUUAUGAAAAAAGGCUAAUAAAAACUACAUUUGUUUUCUUUAGAAUAAAGGGAAAAUUAUAGCGCUAUACAAAAAUAUAUGUGCUAACGUGUUCAUUAGCAGCCAUAUACAACAGACAAGGUGACCUAUUGACACAGGAAGAAAGUAGUUUUUGCUUACAGCAUAAAACGGUUGUCUUAAUUUUUAACUUUAUAAUGUUCAUUUGUCAACAAUAACAAAGGGAAAAGAUACAAAAUAAGGGAGGUUUCUCUCUACAACAAUACAAAUAUAUAUACACACAUAUACAUGAAAAAGAAAACAUGUACAAUAUACAUAUAAAAGCAUAAUUAUAGACUGCUAUAUUACAUAAUUAAACUAACAGCCUAUAAAUUGCAAAUAUUUUUAAAUCCAAAGUCUUAAUUUGAAAAUGGGUCUUUUGGAUACAAGUACAGACGCUCCUCACUUACCGACCGAUUUCCGUUCCUGAGAAUGAGAUACAGAGCACCAGAGCUGGGAAUGUUCCCCGAACAUAGAUUUGAGGGAUUUCCUGCUCUGGUGCACUUGUCUAUGUUCUUUUCGAUUGUAUAGACCAGCUCUCUAACGUGGGGAAUCCCUCAAAUUGUGCAUUAGAGAGCUAGUCGUAAGUCUGAGUCGUCGUCAAAUAGGUCAGUCAUAAAAUUAGGACUACCUGAAAUAUAUGUUUGGUCUCUAGUCACCUCAACCUCCUUUGUGUGGGGCAUCCAACCCCCUCACAUUAAAAUAUUUAAACACAUUCAUGGUUUCAAUGCAAAAUAGCAUUCCGGGGCACAUUUUAGAUAAAAAUAUAAAAAUAAAUCCAUUUUAAAAAAAACUGCUAAAAGGGCUGUCUGCUCUGUAUUUUAUCACCGCAACAGGAAGCAUAGAUGUUGGAGGAAACCAGUACCAAAGAUACAGAGAGAGCAGAGCAAUAAAUUACUCCAUUAUUCUAGUUUAAACAAAAGCGGUGUUCUGAUUGGCUUCUUAAUGUUCUAAACCAAUCAAAUUCCCGCUUCAUAUUAAAUCAUUAUCAAGUGAGUAGAAAAUGUUCAGAAGAAAAUUGACUUAUGUCAGCCUACGUAUACAAUGCACACCUCCCAAAAAAACAACUAGCCUGGCAUGUUACAUAUGAGUAAUGCAUGUAAUUGAACUUUCAUUAUUUUAUUUUAAUGAAGCAUUGACUAAUUUAAGUCAUAGGUGUAAUGAUACCUAGGCCUUCUUGAGGAUCAAACCAAUCUGUCUAUUCAACAACAUGGGUCAAUUGGUGAUUAUCUGCAGCCUUUCUGUGUUUGCUGUAAUUGCCGAAAAACCUAUUACAUUUGGAAUGUUCAAGGGUUUGUCACUACGAUUAAAACCCAUUCCAUCCAGUUGGCCGGGAUUGUGUAGGGAAACCUUAGACUGUGUGUAACUCGUCGUGUUUUUGGCUUUAUAAACUAUUUUUUUUUUUUUUUUUCGAACAACUGCACCUUUGUUUAAUUGAAAGGGAUUUGUUCUGCACGGUUACCGCUGUGUACGGCACUCCGUGCCAAAAUGUCCGUACCUGGGACAUACAUAGUUGCUAUCUCCGGAGAAAUUAAAUGUUAAAUUACUGGGCCAUGGAUGUUAAGUAAUGCAAUCACAGACAGACAUUCUUUUCUUUCCUGAUUUGCUGUGGAUUAUGAGUUAAGUUUGGACUUAAGCCUCUAACUGGAAACCUGAGAUGGCGGUUGCGCUUUUCUACAUUGGUUGAAGAAAGAAUGUAAAAUAAACAUGGAGUAAGCUGGUUUUACUAACAUUAAGUUUAAUUGAGAGCAGCGUGUAACUUUAUUUAACCAUUUCUAUCCUGGAUAGAAUGCCAACUUUGAUUACCAGCUUUAAUAUUUAAAGGGAAACUAUUGCCUAUUUACAAUUUAUGUUAAAUGAACCGUGGCUUAAAUAAAUAUACAUAAAUAAGAAAAUAAUGGCAUGUUCCCAGCCUGAAAUCUACUCUGAUUAAUGUGUCUGUUUCAUCUAUAUCCAAACUUGGCUUGCCAGUAUAACCACUUAUGCGUAUAGAGAUUUGUCCUUUUCAAAAGAAGGGGCAGGGAAAACACAGAUUUAGUGAAAAAGACACUCCAAGACAGACAUGUCCCAUAUUUACUUACAUUUGAUGUUCUUGCAUUAACUGCCUUGCAGCUUCUGCAGUGAGCUUACUCCAGAAUCCAAAUUCACUGCCAAGCUUAUCCCAUAAGCAGUACAUUAUGGGUAUAGCACAGAUUUCUAAUCAUCAUAGCUCAGUUGGAGAGUUGUAGUUCACCUGUAGAGGGCAGUAGAAUGCCAAGCUAUAGCAUCUUAUACAGUAGUAUUUUCAAACAAAAAGGGCCACUCCGCAGUUACAAGGCAGUGCAGAAGGGUUGAGGGCAUGGAAAACAAUAAUUAUUAAUAAAAGAAAACACAUCCUGUUAGCCCACACCCAGGACUGGUAGCCUCUUUAUUGCUGUCCAAAGUUGGAUUUAUAAUGGGUUGGUGAAAUGUGUCAUUAUUUUGGCAGCUGCAGAGGGUAUGAAUAAUAGAUUAUGAAAAUGAAAGGGGGUACGCUUUAAGCCUUCCUGCGCCAUAACGAUGACAAUAAGCUGUAGUGGUUAUGGUGUUUAGAAUAUCCUUGUAAAGCUGGCCUUAGAGCUGAGAGCCAUACUCCCAGACACACAGACAAUCACAUGUGUUCUACCAAACACACAAGCACACAGAUGCCCACAAACACACACAAAUCAAUAUCAGACAGAUAUAAACACAUGCAUGUGCGCACACACACUUGCAUACAUUAGCAUUUGCAGCAAUAACCCUAUAGCUCUGUAUUAACCCCCAAUAGCAUUAAUCCUACACUACAAGUUAUUAAACACACACAAUACACUUUCCUGUUCCCUCCAAACACUUGUAACAUAUCAGAGUACUUAGUGAAGACUUAUUCCCUGCACUGUGUGUACUCAGGGCUGGAAUUGCCAUAAGGCCGCCGAGGUGAUUAAAGAUCUCCUGCAGUGGGGCCAAACUGACUGGGUGAUCUCGGCUCUAGUUGAUCUCCCUUACAGUUCCUGAUCUGUUGCAUCUUUGCUGCUGAUUACCUUGGCAACACUCUGAUACAUUUCUUGAUGCCAGCUUUAAGGAGUUGUCUGUUCCCACAAAGGGUGAAGACUCCAAAAUCUCUGUCCGGAACACGAGGGAUCAGGAUUCCCCUUCCUGGUCCAAGAUAUGCCUCAGGGAGGAGGGAAGAAAAUUCUGAGAGCCCCCCCCCCACCAAUAAGCCCAUCAGAGUCAACUACAGUCAACUACCAGCACACCACUACAGCCACUACCCCCCCCCACUAUAGCCACUAUUAUCCGCACCACAGGUAUCCCCCCACUGUUGCCACUAUGCCCCUUUUCUUCACAAGCACACUAUAGCCUAUAACCCCCAAAGGCAUCAUAACGCCCUAUACACUCUACUGCCCUUAUUCCCCUAAACAUACCCUAAGUCCCUAUGCUCAACAAACACACAUUACAGUCCCUAUUUAUAUGCACAUACACAUGCUACACUGCAAACAGACCUACCAUUCACCAUUCAAUCAUACCCCAAACUAGUCUCAGCAGGUUUCGCUUAAGUGUGUUGGUAUUUUUGCAUUGUCUAAAGAAUCAGAAGUAAGCUGGUACGCAUAUACCAUGAAAUUAAAAGUAACCUAUUGGAUGGACUCUUUAGGGGGUUUGGUGAGUGUGACAGGGUAGGAACUUCAACAAGACCUCAUGACCAAAAGAUAACAAUUUAUGUAUCUGAAAAGAUAAUUUAGUAUAGCACAGAUGUAUUUUUAUUUUUUAUUUAUUUUUUUUAAAAUAAAUUUCUAAACACUUGUACUCUACCUUUAAAAUACUAAUCUGGGGAUCUUAAUUUUUCAAAUGCAAAUCAAGCAUUCUUCGUUGCAAAAAGGAGAGUAGGAAUUUAGUCCAAAUAGGGACAAGUGUUGGUGUAGAGAUGGCAGGAACUUGGUGCCAUACCUAUUGGGAAAAGUCCAAUCUGUCUCAUGACAUUUGAUAGGUUACCCAUGGGUCUCAACAAGUAAGCAUUUCCUAAACUCAAAUACAAAAAGAUAGAUAAGUCCUGCGCUCACUCCCAUCACUCCUGGGUGGCAGCAACGACCACAGUACACAUCAUCCCCAAUACUUACCGUAAAAACCAAAGAAAAAAGUUACCUGCGCUCUCUCCUAAAUCCCUAUGUAUAUUUAAACAAAUAGAGGUCAUUUAGUUACUCCAAUGGCCAUUGGAGGGAAUGCCCGCCUGCCAACGUCAAGGCAGACCCCCCUAGGCAGAUCCUACACUGACCUUUCACCUUGCUUCCUUGAGCUUCUGGCAAAGAUAUCUCCAAUGAGUUUCCUAAACUCAUAACACGGUAAUAAAAGAUAUAUAAAACAAAAACCACAAAGCAAAACCCGACCGCUAAUAUGUCGUAGUUAAAUAUAGAAAAACAGCUCUGAGGAAAACAUUAUCUGUUCCCUAAAUUUUAAAAUAUAUGUUCCUCCUAAGAUCCAUUAAGCAAGAUCUGCUAAAUAUAUUUCGGUCAUUUUAGACUGUAGAAACAGUGAAAUGUAUUGAAUCUGUAAUGAGUUACUCACAGAGGCGAUAUUUUAAUGCUGAAAUCUAUGAAGACUAAUCAUUCAUUUCUUUGUAAGCUGUGGUUUUCAGAUGAUCAUAAUUUUCCAUCACAAAUAAUCUGAGCAAGAUAAAUUGCCAAAUCUUGCAGUGAAACACUGUAGUUUUGUAGAUCAGGACAUACUGAUACCAUCUGGAAUACUUUCUUGUGCUCAUGCAGGAAGGAUAAAUUAUGAAACCUCCCUCAGUGGUAUUUUACUAUACUAUGGCCUGGGAUUUUGUUCUUUCAGUUACAGUCGAAUGCUUGCCCAGAGUAGCCAGGAGUCAUGUCGGAACAACUCGGCAGGAUGUGUCGAUCCAACGUACGGAUAGACAUGACUUCCUUUCUAAAGAAAUGAGUUGUGCGUCCGCAAUCCUGACACUCAAAAUCACAAUCUCACGAGACCUUUCACAACAAAUUCGAUUUUUACUUAUUCAAUAAGCAAUAAAGUAUAAAUAACUCUUAAAUGACAGUGACUGUUAGUCCUACUUUCUAAAAGAAAAACAAAUUACAGAUUGUGCAACAUAAAAAAACAAUUAUAAAAUGUAUGAAAGUGAAACACUGAUAUUUUUAUUUUUUUUAACGUAUCUAUAUUAACCUGGGUUAUGGGUUAUGUAUUUUUGGGGAAAAAAAAAAUGUUUAUGAUAGGCCUGCAAGUUUAUUGAACUCAAAUAAAACCAGUUAUUCUACAGACUAGUGGGAGACAAUAUACACAAAUGACACUUUAGUUAAUUUGUAUAUAAACAUAGAUGGGUAAACUUCCCUCCCAUUGAUGUUUGUGAACUGAUGAACUUUUGCCUGAGUUCCACCCUUGGUGUAUAGGUAUUGGUAAGAGGUAAGGCAUACUAUUAUGCUGCAUAGCUUUAAUCAAAGUGCACAUUUGCCAGCAAACUGCAUUUUGUUUAACUUUUAUUUUUAUACACUUUAUUAUUAUUAUGAUAUUUAUGUUGUGGAUUGUCAAAAUAUGCGCUGGAAUUAUACAAGAAGAUCUUUGGUUUUAUUUUACUUGUUAGUUUUAUGGCUGGGAGUAGUAAAUUUACUAUAGUAAAAAUGGACAGAUCGCUCUGACGUCUAUGCAGAGACAUACUGAUAAACUUUCUUACAUGCAUCAGUAUUGUGCUUUAAUAUAUAUGCCUUGCUAGAUGGCAACAUGACCAAAGGCUUCAGCCCAAGGUAUGGUAUGGCUUCCGCCACAUUCAUUGACUUAGACUCCUCCUAAAAACCCUAUACCAACCCGCAAAUCCACCCUUAAUCCCCAACAAGUUCUAUAAAUAAAAUUGUAACAACAAAAUUCACAGUAUUCACAAAUUCACAGUAUUAUAUGAACCUCUAUUCUAAACUCACACCUGCUGUAUUAACCUCAAGUGAUGCUAUGUUAACUUACCCUUACCCCCUGCAUUAAAAUCCUAGACGUACAGCAAUACAACAAUGUGCAUUAUAAUGUAUUUAAAAUAUGUUGUUUAAAGAGAGUAAUAACCCUUCCAAUUAAAUAAUUUGUGACAUUGUCACUCCGUAUUAUAUGGGACUCAGGGCUAACAAUGACAUCAAGCCAAAAUUAGACCCAGGGCUUUUAGGUCCCCACUCGGGACUCCAGUCCCUGUCACCAUCCCCAUGAACACCAUCAUUGCCUCUAGUGACUAGUAUUAUUUAAUGCUUUACAUUACUCGGGUAAAUUUCACCUCUGUGAAUGUCUUUUAAAUCCAUUAGAUUGGAAUGGAUUAUUAGUGUUAAGUAUCCUGAGAAACCUCCGUGAUACUUAGUUAAAGUAUCUACACUUUGAAAGUGUUUUCAAGGUUUCCAUAGAAGUCCUAAUAACCCAUAAGCCCAAAGGACUUUAGACCCCAAAGAUAUUAUGUUCCUUUAAUACAUGUUUCUGUAUUCUGCAUUGUUUAGCUCUACUUCUAACUUCAAAAAGUCCCAAAAUAUAGAGGUGUUUUUUUUGUUUGUUUUUUAAUAUUCGACAAAUAUAUAUUACACUUUGUAAUGGACCAGGACUUUUGCAUUAAGUCUUACAUGACACAUGUUUCAGAGUAUCCAGAUUCCAUACAUUUUAUCACACAGGGUGCUGAUAAUGUAUUUAUUUAAUUUAGUAAAUCAGUCAUUCCAACAACAUUGGUUUUUCCACCGUGGGAUUUAAACUGUUUUUAAACGGAUAGAUUUUCCCAAGGAGCUUUGUUUUCUUUUCAUUUUCCUUCUCAAAGAGGAGAGAAUUGUAUCCUUUUCCUCUCUGGAUGAUCUACACAUUGUCAUGGGCCAGGACUUUGCUGCAUUAGGCCUUACAUGGCUUUUUGCUUAUUUUUUUUUUACUUUUCAAGACCUACCGCAGAGUAGAAGUAAAAAUAAAAUGAAAAAUGUUAACAGAGAAAAUAAUUUUGAUGUUCUGAUCAUCUGUUUUUUAUAUUGUUUUUUAGCCUUUUUAAUCUUUCAAUUUUUAACCCAGUUUAUAUGUUAAGAAAUGAUAUAUUUUUUUGGGUGUCAAUAGAAAUAUUGUAUUAUUGAGGAACUUCCCAUCUCUCUACGUACCAUGCCUUACCCCCUUUUACUUGUAAUAUAAAUUUAAAUUAUACAACCAGUAGUGACAAUAGCUUUCCUAGGAUCGAGAAUUAGUUUCCAGUAUUGUAAAGCUUGGUUGACAGGGGAACACACACUCUUGUUGUGUUUAUAUACAACUAAGCAUCCAACUCCCCCAGUACAUCAUUUCUUCCCUACCCCAUUUCCUCUCUCCUGUCUCUUUAUCAUUCUCCUGUGCACAGUACUCUAAAGCUACCAUAUUGUCUCUUUGCACUGUUUGUAUAGGGAGAGGUAUUAGCAGUAGAAAGAGGGAAGUGCUCAUGCCAUUGUACAGAACACUGGUGAGACCUCACUUGGAGUAUUGUACACAGUACUGGAGACCGUAUCUUCAGAAGGAUAUUGAUACCUUAGAGAGGGUUCAGAGAAGGGCUACUAAACUGGUUCAUGGAUUGCGGGAUAAAACUUACCAGGAAAGGUUAAAGGAUCUUAACAUGUAUAGCUUGGAGGAAAGACGAGACAGGGGGGAUAUGAUAGAAACAUUUAAAUAUAUAAAGGGAAUCAACACAGUAAAGGAGGAGACUAUAUUUAAAAGAAGAAAAACUACCACAACAAGAGGACAUAGUCUUAAAUUAGAGGGACAAAGGUUUAAAAAUAAUAUCAGGAAGUAUUACUUUACUGAGAGGGUAGUGGAUGCAUGGAAUAGGCUUCCAGCUGAAGUGGUAGAGGUUAACACAGUAAAGGAGUUUAAGCAUGCGUGGGAUAGGCAUAAGGCUAUCCUAACUAUAAGAUAAGGCCAGGGACUAAUGAAAGUAUUUAGAAAAUUGGGCAGACUAGAUGGGCCGAAUGGUUCUUAUCUGCCAUCACAUUCUAUGUUUCUAUGUUUGCUGCCCUUGUGCUCCCAUUGUUGUUGAUGCUGUCUUGGUUCUCACUCUACACGUGUGCUGCUCACCACUGUCCAUUGUUGUCUUCUCUCUCUCUCUCUCUCUCUCUCAUGUACUCUCCCUUUUCCCAUGCUCUCGCUAUUAAAUGAGAGUGCCCUUUCCACUGAUAUUUUACAGGGGUACCUUGCCAGUUAUCAAAUACCCAGAUCAGGGUUAACCAUAAGGCAACCCUAGGGACCAUGGGUUAGACAGGGAACCUGUAAUCCUGUAUUUGCUUGACUACAUUAACUAUCCCUAUGUGAAGAAUCGAGUAGGCCCAUACCCCGAACCUGCCUAGCGCCAUGUGGGAUACUAACCCUUCUCUAAAAAUACCAAAUACAAAAAGUAGCAAUAUUAAAAUGUAGAAAUGCUGAUACUUUUAGGAAUUUAGUGUAAACCUGAAAUUGCUAUUUAAUUGUUGUGUGAUGAGAAACGGCCAAAAUGAAGUCUUAUCUAGCUUUGCUUGUAUGUAUAAAUGAAGAAAAUAUAUUUCUAUUAUACCGUACAGUAUAAGCCAUAUGUAUAAGGCCAUUUGCACACAGAGGAAGGGACAGGUGUUUAGAAACAUUUGUCUUGUAUAUGGUGUUCAAAUAAAAAUGUGGUUCCACGAGUGGGCCUUAUCUACUAAGUUGCGCAUUUCUACAUCCGGAUUUUGCUGCUAUAGUACUGAGCCAGAUUGAUACAGACUGACUGAUUUUCUUUCUGAAUUUUCAUCCUCUGUCAUGUUCAAUGACCACAUUUAAAUAGUCACUUGAAUUAUCACAAAAACCUGUUAUAUUCUGUGUAAUUUUACCUUGUUCCUGACUCCCUGCACAGAUUAACUUAAAAUGGCAGCAAUGAGACUGUCCCCACCCCCUCUAACGUGGAUGGCAGAGGAGAAAACUUUGCUUUUUCUUCACAGGUUAACUUGUUUGUAUCCCGUGCAGGAACAGAACACACAAGAUCCUACCUCCCCUGAGCUAUGGCUGCUUGCACACAUGGUCUGAGACUAAGGAGAUGGUUAAAAAGACACUCUAGGCACCAAGACCACUUCAGGGUGCAAUGUCCCCGUCCAGCAAUGUAAAAAUGGCAGUGUUAGUCCUGCAAUGUAAUCAGUUUCUAUAAGACUGCCUCUAGUGGCUGUAAAUCAGACAGCGACUAGAUGCACUUCCUGCUUAUUUACUGACAUUUGGUAGCGUAACUGAAGCUGGAUGUCCUCACACUCUGUAUGUCCUCAGGGUGGGAAGGACCUAAUGCGCUCGCUGCACAUGUGCAUUAACUCCCUUCUCUCUCCCCCCCAGUCAGUUGAUGUCAGAGGAGGUGGCUCUGAACUGGAUUCAGGUAACUGUUAAGAGUUUUUUUUUUGUUUUGUUUUGUUUUUUUAACCCUUGCAGUGCUUGGGAAGAGGUAGGGUAGAAGGAACUAGAGUUUAAGAAAUACAGCUUUGUAUUUCUUACGCUAUAGAAUCCAUUUAGACAAAGCUUCCAUGUGUAGUGCUACGGAAUUUGCUGGCGCUAUAUAAAUAAUAAAAUAAUAUUAAUAAUAUGUACAGCUAAACUACAUAUCCCAUAAACCCCUGCUGGAUAGGAAUAUAUAGCACAAGGAGAAAAAAAUACUGUAAAAAAUAUGCAUUCCAGCAAUAAGAAUCUUUUCAUUCAAUUUCUCUAUGUAGAAGGUCCCUUUAAACAAGCAGACAUGUGUAAGGGAAAACCUAAGUAUGGAAUAAAAUACCUUUCCUUUUUCCUCUGCCUCCACCCUAAACAGCUUUGGAUUUCAAUAGCAACAUUUAGAGUUUGGCUGGACACUUCCUUUUUUGACGUGUGGAUACUCCCAUAAGUUUUCUGUUUGACUGAAGUGCGCUGUAUAAUAUACACAGAACCAGAAAGAGGUGAGAUGGGAUAAAAUGCAAACCCCCUCUAAUCCCGAGCCAAUUUAUUCUGCUGCACCGUUCAAUCCGAAUAUAUACACUUGUGCAUAUAUCUAUUAGUGUCAAUGCGUACCAUCUGGUUUUGAUUUGUUGAGCUGCUUAUGCCACUUUGUAUGUUUAAAAUAAUACUUUAAAUCUGGGCAUUUCUAAGUUUCUCUUUCAAUAACUAGAUCUCCCUGUUAGAAUGCUAUUGUAUCAAUACAAUGAUGUCUUUGUCUUCGGCAUCUAUUCCCCAGCAUGUGUGUCUAUUGUCAAAUCAGAAUAUAGUGACCAGGCCAAGUGCAGAUGGGAGAAAACAAUUCCAUGUUUUUCUGUUUUGUCCAAACUUACAUUUUUAGAAAAAAAAAAUCUCUCAUAACAUUCAUUUCCUGUCCAAUCAUUAUACUGGUACAUCCUGGGAAAUAGCUUUAGUAAUGUUGUUUAUACUUUGCUACAUAUUUACAGAGGUGGCUUGGAUAGGAAGUUAGUUCAUUUUUUUUUAAUUUUUUAGUUUAUUUUUUACUCCGGCUGCUGCUCGUUUAACUUCUAUGUAAUGAUUCUUUUAAAUGUAGCGUUUCUUGUGCAUGCGGACAACCGUUCAUACUUUUAUGUACAUAACCAUCUGCAGACCGGCACAAUUUCAUAAUGUUACUCAAAAUAGAUUAUGAACUGCAUGGGUGAUGAUGAAAAUGAAACAUUGUUCCUUUUUUUUUUUUUCUUAUUUGUGUAAUGUAAGUAGUGGAUAUAGCAUCGUGUCCUUAAAAAAUUAGUACAUACAUACGUGCAAAAUUAUAGUGCAUUAAUAGAACAUUGAUCCUUUUUUUAAGGAUGAGAGAACACUGCUAAAAUAAAUGUACUGAAGCAAAAACAAAGAAUUUGAGAACUCUGAGAACGUAUAUAUGUAUAUAUGUGUGUAUCUCUAUGUGCAUGUGUAUAUAAUUUAUUUAUUUCAACACUAUAGUGUACCUUUCCCUAGUUCUGUAGGUUUGUUCAUCCUACUCUGUGAAUAUAAGGUUUUACUUACCUUAAUUCCAGCGCCGUGGCUUCCCUGGCACGGACUAGGUCUCCUCCUCCCAUCAUGUCACAGAGCUGGCCUGAUUUAAUGUGCAUGCGCUGCACUAGCAUUAACGCUUCCCUUUUGGGGAAGCCCAGAGCACCUGCCUUGCAAGGACUUCUCACUGAGCUGCAUUGGGGAGUCUGUGAUUGGACAGCCACAGAAUGUCUAGGGGACGGAACAGUUUGCAAAGGCAGUAGACAAAAACUGCAGGGUUAGCAAGUUGUUUUAGAUAUAAACAAUGGAAAAAAUGCUAAAUGAAAUGCAUGUUUAUUAAACAGUAAUUUGUAUUGUAUAUUUUUAGCAGUGACGUGUCCUGUCACGAACGCACCCUACUCCAAGAGUGUGCGUGAUGUAGUUGUGGUGGUGAAAGGGUUAAAGUUCACUAUUUGUCUGCACUAGACCGGAAAUAAUAGCAAAAUCCCCCCUUUAACACCACCCACACUUUAACAUAAUAAUAUAACUAUUACUAUUUUAACGCUGCCACCACCAAGACAUUUUAUAAAUGGGGUGCCUUGGUUCCCCAGGUAAAUCAAUAAUAAAACCCACCAAAUAUUACUUGGCACAAUAUUUAAGGAAUUACAAAAAUACUAACUAGUCUCUUCAGGUAAAGUGAUUCCUAACCAGACAAAGGCAGAACUUAAUAAAUGAAUGUUUAUUAUGAGCAAAAAUUAAUCACAGUGCAUAAAACAAUAUAUGAUAAACAAAUUAUUUACACCAACAACAGAUAAAAACAAAAAGGAUAAAAUACAGAAGUCCUAAGGUUUUCAAAGUACAACUUCUGUCCACGGGGUCUCUGGCAAGGGACGAUGGUGACUCACUCAAAAUUAGAUCUUGGCCCCAAGCAAGUACACAAGCACCCUUCAGAAUCAUUAGAUAUAUACCCUGUGGUUUAUCAAGUCUUGCCCAGGGGUGGAGUUAAGGCAUACCCAUAGAGAUACUAAGUGACUACCUCCUUUGUUCCAGAAAACAACAAAAAUAACUUUUGGUUUUAUCUCCUCUACUGUACUUGCCACAGAAAUAAUAAUUGCCUCUAUGAAUUUAUUAUUUUCCCAUUCCAUAGACGUGUUGCACGCCCCACCCACGAUCCAAUAAGACAGACAGCACAAUUCCUGGCACACGGUUUAAGUUGUGCAACUCAUGUUUAGGCUUAAUUAAGAGAGUGGGCUUAUCCCAUUCCAAAUAUAAUAAAAAUGAGGCUUAAUUAUUAAACUGUGGGUAAGUAUUAAUGUUUCUCUUGGAUAAAAUACUGGAACACAAGGAUCUUCACUAAUCCCAUUACUAUAUCAGAUGAUUGAACUAUCCUUUACAAGGUACAUGCCAAAUGGAUGGAUAGACAUUCAAACUUUUUCCAAGUGUAGAACCUCACACCUUGCAGAUCCUUGAUUACUUCACAUCCAUAUAGUAAAAUCCUUUUCACAUUACUAUGCCAUUCACACUACCCCUUCUGUCAUCUGACUUCUGUGGGGGUCCCAGCUUCAAAAGAUGUAACCCCUUUUGACCUCAAUAAUACCAUUUCUGUAAUUUGUGCCAUUUACUACACAAAUUACAUUAAAGGAUAAUAUUCCUGAGGGUAAUAAUAAAUUAUGCACCCUUGCCGUGACAUGUCCCUUUAAUAAAAAAGUAUACAAAUACAGGAAAAUACACUGAACAAAAUUAUAAAUGCAACACUUUUGUUUUUGGCACCAUUUUUCAUGAGCUGAACUCAAAGAUCUAAGACUUUUUCUAUGUACACAAAAGGUCUUUUUCUCUGAAAUAUUGUUCACAAAUCUGUCUAAAUCUGUGUUAGUGAGCACUUCUCCUUUGCCGAGAUAAUCCAUCCACCUCACAGGUGUGGCAUAUCAAGGUGCUGAUUAGACAGCAUGAUAAUUGUAAAGGUGUGCCUUAGGCUGGCCACAAUAAAAGGCCACUCUAAAUAAGCUGUAGUUGUUCCAAGUGAAUAUAGUUUCCCUUUAUGCCAAGCAUGUCAAACAUGCGGCCCACAAUGGACAUCUUUGCGGUCAGGUGAGCCGCAAGUACAUGCUUAGUGUUAAAGCAGAGUAGGCACCUGCUUUCUCCACAUUGCAGGUGCCUACUCUGCUAAAAGUUACCUGGCCGGGGAAGAGAGGUUUCUGGCGACAGCGAGGGAGCUCAGUCUUACUGACCCUCACUGCUCUCUCGCGCGUCGUCUGUAGGGAAUAUGACGUCAUAUAACGGCACCCGGCAUCACUAAACUGUGCGCGAAGGAAGAAGUGAAGUGCAGGAAGGAGAUCUCCAGAUAGAAGAGGGCCCAAACCAGCUCCCAAAGGUAGGGAGCAAUAAAUAAAAUGAUGUGAGUGCAAGAAUGUUUAAAUGUGUGUGUGUCAGUGAGUGUGUGUGUGUUGGUCAGUGUUGCAUUGGCCGUGACUGGACAGUGGAGUACCUGGAGGUGCAUGGAGGCAUGCAACGCUACAUCACAUUCCAACAUGACAUCAACCUGCUCCACCUUUCACAGUGUUUUAAGAAGUAGCGGGAGGGUCAGAUUUGGCACAUGGUGUGGACGGCAACAUUUGGGGUAUACCAGAGGCCAGACUCCAGAGUCGCAUACUGGCAGCGGCAAUGUGAGUGGAGUCUGCUUGUUGGCUAGAGGGGGGUGCUGGGAUUUAGUGUAGGGGGGGGAGACUGGGAUUUAGUAGAGGUGGUUGCUGUGGUUUAGUAGAGGGGGAUGCAGUUUUUUUGGGGGGGGGUUUAUACUGUACUUUUCAAAAGAAAAUUGAACUUUUUUUCUUUUGUGGCCCACCUAAACUUAAACCUUGUUUAUGUGGCCCAUGCUUGCUUUAUGCCAAUUAGCCAAUAGAAAGCCUCAGUGAUUUUCUUAAUGCAGACAGGAAGCUUUGUCCCUUGAGCAGGGGGGAAAGAGGAUGUGUCAUCUUUCAAACUUCUUUUAAGUGGCUUUGUCACUAUAUUUACGGUGCUCCCCCCAAACACUCGAUGAUAAUUAAUGGCCCCGGGACCAGUGCUACUUACCUCUAUAAAUGUUGUGCCAGCCCCCAGGGCUGCUGCAAUCUUAACAUUUCCAAGAUGGCGAUCACCUGCUAUCUCCUCUUCUGCCAUUCCUAGGGCAGUCAUGUGAAAUCACGCGCAUGCCUGGUGAGGACCUCCAGAAGUUUACAGUGCUGUGUUGACUCUCGGAAAUGAUGCUAGAGGAAGUCGGGCACUAAAUAGCCAGCCAAUGGCAAAAUUGUUACAGGAUAUGGAGCAUGAUUAAAGGAUCACUAUAGGGUCAGGAACACAAACAUGUUUUCCUGACCCUAUAGUGUUAAAACCACUAUCUAGCCCCCCUGGGCCCCUCAUGCCUCCAUAAAUAUAGCAAAAUCUUACUGUAUUCAAGCCUGAAGCUGUAACUCUGCAUGCUGUUAGACUCAGAAAAACAAGCAGUCUGCUGACGUUAGAAGUGAUGGCCUGAUCCAGUCACAGUGCUUCCCCAUAGGAUUGGCUGAGACUGACAAAGAGGCAGCUCAGUGGCAGAGCCAGCAUGAUUCAAACACAGCCCUGGCCAAUCAGCAUCUCCUCAUAGAGCUAAAUUGAAUCAAUGAAUCUCUAUGAGGAAAGUUCAGUGUCUGCAUGCAGCGGGAGGAGACACGGAAUGUUUGGAUGCAUUUUAGGUAGCCAUGACCCAGGAAUGAUUUCUAACAGCUAUCUGAGGAGUGGCCAGUGAAGUUAUCACUAGGCUGUAAUGUGAACACUGCAUUUUCUCUGUAAAGACAGUGUUUACAGCAAAAAGCCUGAAGGUAAUGAUUCUACUCACCAGAACAAAUUAAAUUGUUCUUUUUUUUUAAACUGCUUUAAUCAGGACUGUUAUCCACCAAAUGGUGAAUUGACAACCUGCUUUAAUAUAUACGUCACGAUAGCUCUAACUUGGAUUUCUCUCCCCCAACUAAUUUGGCACGUUGUACGACCAAGCUGUAGCUUCCAAUUGACCUGUAGAUGUUUGACAGCCAUUGCAGUUAUAGUACAGCAAUUUCUAAACGGCUACUGGUUGUCUACGCUGGAGAGACAAUUAGAAAAAUAGCGAACUGACACAAUGUUCUGUAAGUUGGGUUUAGUGUGUAAAUAGUAUAGUUUUAUUAACAUGAUCUACAUAUAUAUAUUUUUUUCCCUCUCAUAAUAUUAGACUCUAACUCUUGUAUGUCACUGCAUAAGGGCCUACAAUGUUGAUAAAAGUAAAAACAGUUUGAUUAACUUCCUUGUCAAAUAUUCAUACCGUGCCACUGAUCUUCUUACUAAAAACAUCUAUCUCAGUUAGCUCCAAGGCAAAGCAAUCACAACUUUAUUGUGCGUGUGAUAAAACUACUCCAUCAUUAUGUGUGCCGUUUCCUUACUGUCAAUGUUGCUAUCAUAUUAAGGGAUAAAGAAAUCAAUAGGAGCCUCAGAUCUGGAUGCUGCUGUUUAAAAAGAGAGUCCAGCUACCCCGGGAGAUGGAAUACGAGAAAUUUAUGGCAACCCGUGUAAAGCAGCCGCAGAUUUAGAGAAUAAGUGUACGAGAGCAAGGAUACAAAUUCUCUGAUGACCUGCCCUUUGCCAUUUCUUAUUGCAGUAAAAGAGAUCACAUUUUUUGUUUCUACUUGAUGCAGAAAAGAAAUAUUUAAUAUGAACUUUUUCCCCCCUCACUUACACAAUGUCUUAAUCCCUGUGCAUUUGAAUUAAUGAAAGCCAGCAUUUUUUUGUUAUUUUGCAAUCAUAAGUUGACUGUGCAAAUGCAUAUAAUAAAUGAGCGUUGUGGAGCCUGCACCCCCCUCUGUUUCCUCCUAAUCAAUCUUUUUUUUUUUUCUUCGAAGAAUUGCACCAUAUUUCAGAACACACUGUAACGUUUACAUUACUUUAGUACUAGAACUUGGUUUUAGCCGAGUGAUGUGAUCCAAAUGUUCCAGUGUCUUAAGAGAAAUUUCUCAAGAGGCACAGGAUUUGAUCUUUGCACUUGUGCUGCAGAUUAGUCUUUAAUAGUUUGGAAUAUCGAGCAGUCUUGUUCUGAUAAGAACACAAAUAAUUAGUUCUGUAACCCUUUACCCUCCUCCGCACAUGCUGGGAAGUUUUGUAUUGGACCACACAAAUCAUUACAUUAUGCCACAAGCCACUUACUGUGAGUCUGCAGGAACUCUUCACAUUAACAUUGUAUUGCUUAAUGCAUACUGUGUAUUUAAAAAAAAAAACAAAAAACGCAUCAAAUAACAAGAUUUUUCCAUCUAAAACCAUCUCAGCUUGUUCCACUAGUUCCAUUCAAAACGUUAUAUAUGUGUAAUUAUAACCAUUUUGAAACUACUAUAGAAACACUAAAAAGGUUUCAGCUUGGAAAAAUACCCCCUUUUCUUUUCUUUUCUUUUUUUUUUCCCAAGAUACAUUUUCCCACUCUCUAAUGUUACGGUUAUUUACUGUGGAGCACUGACUGUAUUCACUAUCUUUCAUCAGACAGGAGAUGGCUAUUAACCCCUUAAAGACCGAGGACGGUUCAGGACCGUCAUCGGCAUUUUUGCAUUGCCGACCGGUGACGGUCCUGAACUGUCCUGAACCGCCAGCGGCGAUCGGCGUUGCUCCCGGUGUGGGGAGACUGCCUGCAGCCCAGACAGUCUCACCGCAUCGGAUUAGGACCCCUGUGGCCAUGUGAUCGCUCAACAGAGCGAUCACAUGGUCACAAUAGGUGUCCAUGUGUCUGCCUGCAGGGGGACUGCCUGGGCUGACAGGCAGUCUACCUGCUAGUGUAAAAUAAAAUAAAAAAUAAAGGUACAUGUCAAUAAAAAAAAUAAUAUAUAUGUGUAUAUAAAUAUGAUAUAUAGACAUAUUUAUUAUCUAUAUAAUAUAUGUCUACAUAUCAUAUAUAUGUCAUGCUAAGUGUAUUUAUAUUAAUAUGUACAUAUUUUAAUAUAAAAAUACACUUAUAAUUAAAUUACACACGUGUGUGUAUAUAAAUACAAAUAAGUAACUUAAAAAAAAUUAAAUAAUAAAAUUUAAUUAUAUCUAUAUGAAAUUUUAUUCUAACUGAUUUUGAUAUUAGUAUAUAUAUAUAUAUAUAUAUAUAUAUAUAUAUAUAUAUAUCUAUAUCUCAAAAUACACUUAGAAUGAAAUUGUAUAUAUAUCUAUAUAUAAAUAAAUAAAAAUACAAAAUAUACAUAUGUUCAUAUACAAAAUUACAUAAAUAAUUAUAUAAAUAUACACGUAGACUUCAAAUAUAUAAAUAUGCAUAUAUAUUUAAAUUCUACAUGCGUAUUUAUGUAAUAUUUUUACAUAAUUAAUUAAUUUUAUUGAUUGCAAUUUGAGGGACCUGCCUGCCAACCCAGGCCGAAAGUCCAGAGAAUUUAAUUUGCUAGCACUAUAUUUUACCUUGUAACGUUCUACGACACCCUAAAACCUGUACAUGGGGGGUACUGUUUUACUCGGGAGACUUCGCUGAACACAAAUAUUAGUGAUUCAAAACAGUAAAACCUAUCACAGCGAUGAUAUUGUCAGUGAAAGUGAAUUUUUUUUGCAUUUUUCACACACAAACAGCACUUUUACUGAUGUUAUUGUUGUGAUACGUUUUCCUGUUUUGAAACACUAAUAUUUGUGUUCAGCAAAGUCUCCUGAGUAUAACAGUACCCCCCAUGUACAGGUUUUAUAGCGUUUUUAAAAGUUACAGGGUCAAAUAUAUGGGUCAAAUAUUUUUACAUUGAAAAUGGCCAGGUUGGUUACGUUGCCUUUGUGAGCAUAUGGUAGCCCAGGAAUGAGAAUUACCCCCAUGAUGGCAUACCAUUUGCAAAAGAAGACAACCCAAGGUAUUGCAAAUGGGAUAUGUCCAGUCUUUUUUAGUAACCACUUAGUCACAAACACUGGCCAAAAAUUAGCGUUCAAUUUAGUUUAAUUUUUUCACACACAAACAAAUAUGAACGCUAAAUUUGGCCAGUGUUUUCGACUAAGUGGCUACUAAAAAAGUCUGGACAUACCCCAUAUUGAAUACCCUGGGUUGUCUACUUUAAAAAAAAAAUGUACAUGUGGGGUGUUAUUCAGAGAUUUAUGACCGAUAAUAGUGUUACAAUGUCACUAUUGAUAAAUUUAAAAAAUGUAUGUUUUGAAACCGCAAUAUCCUACUUGUACCUAUAGCCCUAUAACUUGCAAAAAAAAGCACAUAAACACUGGGUUUUUUUAAACUCAGGACAAAAUUUUGAAUCUAUUUAGCAGUUUUUUUUCAUUCGCUUUUGUAGAUGAGUAAAAUAUUUUUCAAGUAAAAAUAAAAGUAUUUUUUUCAAAUUUUCAUCAUAUUUUUUUUAUUUUUUUUCAAAUUAAAUUACAUGAGAGUAUAUAAAUAAUGGUAUGUAAAGAAAGCCCCUUUUCUCCUGGAAAAAAAAAACAAUGUAUAAUUUGUAUGGGAACAGUAAAUGAGAGAGCGGAAAAUUACAGCUAAACACAAACACCACAAAAGUGUAAAAAGAUGCCUGGUCGCAAAUGUACAACAUCGCAAAAACAGUCCAGUCCUUAAGGGGUUAAAUAGUUAUGACUCAAAACAUGCAGGACAAAGCUUGUAUAUCCCAAAUUAGCAGAAAUCAAUUAUGUUUUGCACUCGUUCUUACUCAACGGGAAUUAUGGGGCUUUUCAUCCCUAAUCGCCAACCACAGACCUGUUUUCCCAUUUCCCAUUAACCAAAGCUGAGUCAUUUAGUGUAAAAACUAACUGCGAGUGUUGCCAUGAGAAUGUCCUCCUAGCUACCAGGUGUGAUGCAUGACAGAUCCGUAAAAGCUGUAUACGACUCGCUCUUCACAUCACUUGUUUCCAGGCUGUAGACUCACUCACUGAUUGGUUUGUUCAUUGAUCAGCUCCUUCUGGAUAAAAUCACUAAACUUUUCUUUAAAGAUUGUCGAACAUGAAUCUGCCUGGACACCUGCAAAAUGUUUGUUUGUAACCUCUUUUAAUAUCACACAGGUCUUCCACACACUGACAACUGUUGAUUUCAUGUAUAUUGCAACAGCUUCCAUAAAUAAUAAUGUAUCCAGAUGUUUACAUAAAACUGCAGCAAUGUGAGUUUUACUGUGGCAGGUAAUAAGCAGUUGCUGACUCCUGUAAUGCGUUGGACUAACCAUCGAAUGCUACAGGUGUGUCCUACCCAUUGCUUUACUUUACACUUACAUUGCUAGUCAGACUUAAUGAUUACUCACUGGGAUCAGAUUGUCUUGGUUUUGACUUGCAGACAGUUUUUAGUUAAUGGGGAGCAAAAUAAACAACCAACCCAGCCCAUGGCCGGAUUGUCUGAGUGCAUGUACAUGUGUGUGCAUUUCUAAGUACACGUGUCAGUUUGUGUAUAGUUUGUGUAGCCGUAUAUGUGUAUGGGUAUCAGUGUGUCUCACAGUCUCACUGCUUAAUUGCUUACAGCAGGGGUAGGCGACUUAGGCACUCAAAGUGUUAUGGACUGUGUCUUUUAUAAUCCUUUUACAGCCAUUAUGGUGGCAACGCAUCAUGAGAGAUGUAGUCCACAACAUCUGGAGUGCCUAAAGGUUGCCUACUCAUGGCCUAUAUUAUCCAUUUAAUAAUCAGCCAAAAAGUAAAAAAAUGGGUAAAGAGGAAGAAGGGAAUUGGAUCACCACUUCUAUAAUAUGCCCCUAUUUAUAUGGAGUGCUCAGUAUAUUAACUAUGACAACUCUUUGAAUGUACUGAAACAGACUGUCUGCCAAAGCGAUCAAUCUAAAAAAAGUUCUCUUAAUUAUUUGAUCUAUUCGCGUCUAAUUUACGGUUUAAAUAUAUCAGUACAAGACAUAAUUAAUAGACUAAGCAGUCAAUAUGUAAAAGGCCAUAGGGCUGAAUUUGUGGGAGGAGUUUUCCCUAAAUAAACUACUUACCUUUGCCGUGUCCUGUUCGAGUGACCCCACCCACCAGUCCCUCUACUAUAUUAUUAUUAUUAUUACGUUAUCCCUGGUGGGCCCUCUUUAUUACAGGCCUGCCUGUAUGUUGGUUUUGGCACAACACUACCAACUUUCUCCCUUUCCUCUAUUUUCAUAUAUUAUUUAAGUUCUGACCACAAAUAAGUAUUAGGUUUAUAUUAUCUAAGCGGUGAAGUCAUUCCCUUCCUCCUCAUUUUCCUUUUUGUAUACUUUUUAGCUGACUAGUUGCAGUAUGGGCAGCACGGUGGGUAACAGAGUGUGUAUCUUUUGAAUUCUGAGUUUUCGGUCUGAAACCAUACCCAGAUCAGGCUCCUCAGACUGAAUGCAGAGAUCCUAGAGUCCUGCAGACAGCUAACAAAAGGUAGGGAGGGGAGUUUAACAGGCAGAGUCCCCUAGUGGACAGGCGUCUGUAGGUUGGUGUCUAUUCUGCCUAAUGGGAAGUUCAGCCCUGGCCCUGCCUCACAUCAGCACAAUAAAAAUAUAAAAUCAAAACUCAUCCACCGUCUUAAGGUAGUCGCAAUGCCACACGAACCACAGGGUUUGAUAAGCCUGGACAGCAGUGUUUGGCUGUUUUGUGUCCUGAUUUGUUAUUGCAUAUGACCACCCUCAUAUACAGGUUUAUGAUUCCUAUUGACAUUGGACGGGCUCCAUGUGUUCCUUUUUACAUGUCGGUAUUGCACAACUGGACCCUCGGUAACACUUUCUUGGCAGCAACCGGCACUCUCUUCACGUAACCCAGUAAAACAUAAUAUACUGCUAUUUGUAUCCUGGUUGUGCAAUAUUAUAGUUAAAGUUUGCAUUCUAGGAGAGCCACAUACAGACCAACAUACAUAGGUAGGUAAAAUCAUGGACAACAACUCUCUACUGGACAACUCUUUCUCUUAAUUGUCUACCAGAAUCAUGCUGACAGAGGAUUAUUGGAAGAGUCCAAUGAUAGAUGGAAUUCUGAAGUCCUACCCCUUUACCACGCAUAUCUUCCCGUGUCUCUCAACAGGAAUGUGCCAGCCUUAGAGUAGGAUUUCCAUAAUAGAGAAAAAAUUCUGAGAAACUUUUAUAAGAAUCAUAUAUCAAGACUAUACUGUGUAAAAUGUAGAGUGUUAAAAGAAUAACUAUUUCACUCCACCUUCUAAACCUUUUUAUAUAUUUUUUUUAUUUUAUUUUACAAUUUUUAUUGCAGGUCAAAACCAGUACAGAAAAAAAAGGACAUAAAAAGUGUCAAAUGUCAUAUAACAAAGGAAGUAGAAAUUAAUUACUGGUGAAUGAUUAGAUCCAUAUAUAAAAACGUCAAUUAAACAUAAAAUAAAGGCUGUUAAUUGGAUCUAUAUUCGUAAAUCCAAUACUAUAUAAUAGUUUGUAGAAAAUGACCCCCGACAUUUUUUCAAUACAUUUUAUGAAAGUAGAAUUAGAUCAUUUUGAAUUUUUUAUUUUAAGGCAAAAAAGAUUCCUCUUCUGAACGAACAUUUCUCUAAGAUUGCGUUAUCAAGAAGUAUUUUUUCCUACUUUUGGUGUUUUCAUUUAUUUUUCUGAAUUUAUUUAUUUUUCUAAAUAAUCCCAGACUUGUAGACGUGUCAUUAUUUCCAUAAUGUCAACCAUGAAUUAAAGCACUUAUAAUCCAUUUUGCUGAAUUUCAGUUACUUUAGUAUUUAUGAAUUUUUGUCAUUUUUCUUUUAAAAAAUGAGACCGGCAUUCCCGCAAAGGCUAAAACUUAACGUUCCCACAUACCCAUAUCAACUAAAUCAGAAACAAAAAAAUAAGACAAAAUGUCACUUUUGGUAGUGAGGCUAAAGUAGAAAACUCAUAAACUGCCAGCCGUCUUGCCUAUUACAGGUGGUUUAUUGAUGUGCCCCAGAGUGUAUUUUGUAUACUAUGUAUAAAUACAAAGCGUGUCAAUGAAUUCUGACAAUGUUGCGCAAAACCCUGAAUCAAAAUAAGACAGGGAUAUCAUUUAUAAUGCACUAAAUAGAAAAAUGUUUAUGGCAUGUCAAUGUCUUACGGGGGCAUUCAGAGGAUGACAAUUUCUUCCACCUACACACAGAUUGUGUCACAGUUGCUAUGUGCAGUUUACAAUAGAAGCUGCUUAAGCAGUAGCAUCUCUGUUGAGAAGUAUUCAAAAUUUCAAGAUAAACUUGAGUUUAAUUAGUGGAACCCCACAGGUCUUGUGCAAUUCGUAGACAAUGGAGAAUUGUCAAUGUCUUUGAUCUCGCACCUUCAGCAAUUAAGCUGUCUGACUUCAACAUUAAAUAUAGCGGAAGAUAUGCAGGGUUGUAACAAAGAACUGCUGCGACCAGUUUGAUGUGCUUUCAUACCUACCAUCCCUUUAUAUUCUCACAAGUCUUUGAGAAACUUUUGACGUUUACCUUUUAUUUUUAUACCUUGGAACUCUGCAAUAACUAAUUAUAAGCAAACUUGAAUGUAGCAGCUAAGUGUCUGCAUGUGUGUUUAUUGGUCAAAUGUUCGCCAUGCCAGUCCAUCAUUAGAGUGGAAUAAUGGACCAGAAUGCAAGCACAAUCCAAUAAUUAAAGGGACACUUCAUCUCAUUGAAGUGGUCUGGGUGCAGUGACUCUGUCCCCUUAACCCUGCCAUGUUAAUUAUUUCAGUUUCUGAAAAACUACAGUAAUUACAUUGCAGGGUUAAGACUGCAUCUAGUGGUUGUCAAUCAGAAGGCCACUAGAGACACUUCCUGCUUGCUAAGUGACUUUUGGUUUCCUAACUGAUGCUGGACGUCCUCGCGCUCUACAUGAGUACUUUCACUGUCAGAAAAAUUCCCAUAGGAAUUUAGUGUUCAUUAGCGUUGCCCGUCGGGUGGUACUGAGGGAAAUUGGCCCUGGAAUCAUUUAAGUACACUAAGGUAUUAUAAAAAGUUACAGUUCCGGUGGAGGGGGGUGCAAGGGAGGGGGAGCCCACACGGAAGUAUAGUGCUAGGAAUACAGACUUGUAUUCCUAACACUAUAGUAUCCCUUUAAACCAGGCUUCACCAAACUCCGUCCCUCCAGAUGUUGCUGAACUACAACUCCCAUGAUUCUCAGCCUAUCUAUUUAAUUCAUAGAAUCAUGUUGAAGUUCAGCAACAUCUGCUUCAAACCUUGCGGCUCAAGUACAUGGCUUAACUUGGAUGUUGCGUGUUGCGUAGAUCACAACUAGCUGUGCUUGCGUGGUGGCCAGAAAAUCUGGUUACAUUCCUAGAAAACCCAUAAAAUGGAAUUUGGUGUCAGGAAAAACAAAGUUUAAGUCAAAAGUGAUCGGCAGUGUAUUGGAUUAUUAUUGGAUGGGAUUAACUACACAUUUUGUGCAGAGUGACAUUAAUAUAUAGGAGUGUAUUCACUAAUGAAUGGUACGGAAGUCAAAUCCGAAUGACCACAUUGUGACUGUAGCUGAGUUGAAGAUGCUUCCAAAUCAUCAUGUUUUUAUUUAUUAAUUUUUGUACGAGGAAUGUGUAUAACAAGGCCAGAAUCUUUACACCAAUCUUUGGUGCUGUUCUAAAAAGUCAAAGGUGAUUUACUAAGGACAAUUUAUGGAACUAAAAUGCAAUUUAUAACAAAACAAUGUAUCUUAUUUACACAGACUGAUUUUUAAACACAAUCGUUGUAGUUUAAAGGCACAUAACUAGGUGUAUUAUUGCUCUUGUACACUCACACACCAGCAAUAUGGAGUUCCUAGAAAAGAGGGCGAUUUGGGCUCAAAAUAGGGACUGUCCCUUCUAAACAGGGACACUUUGGUGGUAUUUAUAAUCAUGUAAGACAAAAUAAUCAGCACUUUUUUUUUUCUCUAAAUUUUGCAGUUGGUGUUUAGUGAAUAAAACCCUGUAAGUUUCACAAACACAUGACUCCAUCAACAAGAGGGUGAAUUGCAGCAUUGUGUGAUGAUGUCACUAUGCACUCGAUAAAUUCUAAUGGCUAUAGGUAAAGCGUAAAUGAUAAAUUACAGGGAAAAAUGUUGGGAUUUGAGUAAGUGCUUUAUUGAAAGUCUGUUUUUCUCGGACCAUUCCUGGUUUUCAUUACACGCUCAAUCAGUGCCUUUAUUUUAAUUUUAUUUUUGUUGAUGGAAGAAGAAAUGACCCUCUUUAAAGCCCCACUGUUCUGUAGCAGAGUCUGAAGAAUAUCACGGCAGGUUAGGAUAUUUGCUUUCGGUGUUUGUAUGUAAUGCCUGCUCAGGGAUAACUUGUCAGACACCCAAAUGACAGAAGCCAGAAGUUUGUGACAAACAUAUAAAUGACGCAUUUCUUGUGACUUCACCAUAGCAUUCAGUUAAUGCUUUCAAAGUGUCACAUUCCUCCUCCCUGCUAAAAUGAUGAUAAAUGCCAUAUGAGAGCAGGACUCCAGUAAAAUACUGUUUUAUGUAUGAUGUUUUUCUUAAAGGUGCAGGUGAGACUUGGCUAAUGUGAGUGUGUACAGGGUCUUCACACGUGUUUGCAGGAAGAUUGCCAUUGACAAAACUGCUCUUCUGGAUGGAAUUUAUUAGGAAGGAGCUGUGAUAUCUCUCCUCUGGUGCAGAUCUCUCUAAUGCAGUUUCUUUGCCAAGAUUUACCCCAGCAGUGAUAGUGAGGCAUCUUGUGUAAACACAAGUUACACCUAUUCAGCUUAGAUAGUUUCCUCUAUUUCACUGAAACACCAAGGACGGUACCUGGGCAGGUAUUGGAAAGGAAUUAGGGAUGAGAGGAAACCAUUAGUGCUGCUGAAUAAGUUGGAACAAUAUAACUGUACUCAAUAAGCCCUCCAUAAUGGUAAUAAAGAGGGAUGGGUGGAAGGAAACUUUUAGUCCCCUAUAUAGUUUCAAUACUUGGUUACACCGCUAGUAAAAACUGUUACAGAUCAAGAACCACAGUCACCUAGCUGUGCAUCAUUGGAGUAUUUACCAAAAAACUAAUUUCUACCCAUAUAAUGUGCUUUUUAUCUUUAUAUGUACCAAAGAAGCCAGGAUCAGGUGUUUAACGUAAAGGGUUAAAGGACCACUAUAAUGUGCCUUUUCCUGGCACUAUAGUGCCCUGAGGGUGCACCCACCCUCAGGGUCCCCCUCCCGCCGGGCUCUGGGGAGAGGAAAGGGUUAAAUAUUACCUUUUCUCCAGCACCGGGCGGGGAGCUCUCCUCCUCCUCUCCGCCUCCGAUCCUCCUCUUCGGCUGAAUGCGCAUGCGCGGCAGGAGUUGCGCGCGCAUUCAUCCUGUCUCAUAGGAAAGCAUUCAUAAUGCUUUCCUAUGGAUGCUUGUGUCUUCUCACUGUGAUUUUCACAGUGAGAAGCACGCAAACGCCUCUAGCGGCUGUCAAUGAGUAGGCUUUUUAGUAGCUGUCACUAGACCAGUGGUUCCAAAUGUAGUUCUCGACAGUCUAAGAUUUAGGCAUUUCUCAAUUCUGUUACAAUGAAGAUGUUGACAGGACCAGGACCAUUGGUGUGCCUUGACUGCAUUGAGAAGCACCACAAGACAAAGCACACAACAUGAUGCAAAUUCUUCAUUCAUUUUACUCUGAAACACGUACAGUGCUAAGAUAUUACUGUAUAGCAUGGUCACAGAGUUUAGUUUAAUCUUUUUUGCCUUCCUUAUUUUGCAGGUGUGUGUACAGGAUGCAAUGCCACCUUCUCAGUACUGAAAAAGAGGGUAUGUCUAAAACCACCUUUUUAUAAUGUUUAAAAUACCAAACUGCAACCUGAAUAUAUCAUUUCAGAAUUAAACAUAAAAUGACAAGGGAAUUGGCAAUCCUACCUUUCUCACAUGUGGAAUUAAGCAUAUGUUUUAGGGGGAAAAAAAUAUAUAUAUUUUAUUACUUUAUUUUAGUAAAAUAAAACUGCAGACACAGAAAGCUCUUCAACUACCUGAAGUGUUUUUAUGUGAAGCGUGUCUUCUUUUUUCAUUUUACAACUAAGCCGAAUAGGAAAUGACAAAAUGAACUUGUCAAUCAGACAUCUGGUCCUGUUACUUCCUGGUAGUGUAACUCUGUGCAUCUAAACUUUAAGAGGCAAGGGAUUUUCAAUAGCACCACUCCAGUUGUAUCAGUUUAUACAGUCAGGUCCAUAAAUAUUGGGACAUCGACACAAUUCUAAUCUUUUUGGCUCUAUACACCACCACAAUGGAUUUGAAAUGAAAUGAACAAGAUGUGCUUUAACUGCAGACUUUCAGCUUUAAUUUGAAGGUAUUUACAUCCAAAUCAGGUGAACGGUGUAGGAAUUACAACAGUUUGUAUAUGUGCCUCCCACUUUUCAAGGGACCAAAAGUAAUAGGACAAUUGGCUGCUCAGCUGUUCCAUGGCCAGGUGUGUGUUAUUCCCUCAUUAUCCCAUUUACAAGGAGCAGAUAAAAGGUCCAGAGUUCAUUUCAAGUGUGCUAUUUGCAUUUGGAAUCUGUUGCUGUCAACUCUCAAUAUGAGAUCCAAAGAGCUGUCAACAUUAGUGAAGCAAGCCAUCAUUAGGCUGAAAAAACAAAACAAACCCAUCAGAGAGAUAGCAAAAACAUUAGGUGUGGCCAAAUCAACUGUUUGGAACAUCCUUAAAAAUAAAGAACGCACCGGUGAGCUCUGCAACACCAAAAGAUCCGGAAGACCACGGAAAACAACUGUGGUGGAUGACCGAAGAAUUCUUUCCCUGGUGAAGAAAACACCCAUCACAACAGUUGGCCAGAUCAAGAACACUCUCCAGGAGGUAGGUGUAUGUGUGUCAAAGUCAACAAUCAGGAGAAGACUUCACCAGAGUGAAUACAGAGGGUUCACCACAAGAUGUAAACCAUUGGUGAGCCUCAAAAACAGGAAGGUCAGAUUAGAGUUUGCCAAACAACAUCUAAACAAGCCUUCACAGUUCUGGAACAACAUCCUAUGGACAGAUGAGACCAAGAUCAACUUGUACCAGAGUGAUGGGAAGAGAAGAUUAUGGAGAAGGAAAGGAACUGCUCAUUAUCCAAAGCAUACCACCUCAUCAGUGAAGCAUGGUGGUGGUAGUGUCAUGGCGUGGGCAUGUAUGGCUGCCAAUGGAACUGGUUCUCUUAUAUUUAUUGAUCAUGUGACUGCUGACAAAAGCAGCAGGAUGAAUUCUGAAGUGUUUCAGGCAAUAUUGUCUGCUCAUAUUCAGCCAAAUGCUUCAGAACUCAUUGGACAGUGCUUCACAGUGCAGAUGGACAAUGACCCGAAGCAUACUGCAAAAGCAACCAAAGAGUUUUUUAAGGGAAAGAAGUGGCAUGUUAUGCAAUGGCCAAGUCAAUCACAUGACCUGAAUCCGAUUGAGCAUGCAUUUCACUUGAUGAAGACAAAACUAAAGGGAAAAUGCCCCAAGAACAAGCAGGAACUGAAGACAGUUGCAGUAGAGGCCUGGCAGAGCAUCACCAGGGAUGAAACCCAGCGUCUGGUGAUGUCUAUGCGUUCCAGACUUCAGGAUGUAAUUGACUGCAAAGGAUUUGCAACCAUGUAUUAAAAAGUGAAAGUGUGAUUUAUGACUGUUAAUCUGUCCCAUUACUUUUGGUCCCUUAAAAAGUGGGAGGCACAUAUUCAAACUGUUGUAAUUCCUACACUGUUCACCUGAUUUGGAUGUAAAUACCCUCAUAUUAAAGCUGAAAGUCUUCAGUUAAAGCACAUCUUGUUUGUUUCAUUUCAAACCCAUUGUGUUGUUGUAUAGAACCAAAAAGAUUAGAAUUGUGUCAAUGUCCCAAUAUUUAUGGACCUGACUGUACAUAGCCUUGUUGUUGUGUAAGUGUAGUGUAAGAACGAGUCUUCCCCGUUCUGUGUGUCCAUGGUGCAUGAACAUUACCAGAUUUUGUGCCCUUAAAAAAAAGAAAAAACAAAUUGUACUAAAUCUAAAAACUCCAUAAUUUUGCAAGCCUCAAAAUAUAAAUGGUUAUUGAUUAAGAGUAACAGAAAAAGGAUCAUGUAGACAAGAGCAGUAUGUGAAAGACAUAAAUAGAAUGUUAUCAAAUACCAUAAAAUAGCACGUUUUAGUAUCCAUAAAACACCAGCACAUAAUAACAAAAUGCCUCUUACUGAAUACGCGAUCCCCGAGUCUCUCUCUGUGUUCCAACUCUGGCAAUUUAAUUGAGGCAGAUCCAGCAAUACAAUGUUAAGUUCUGCUCUUGUCUUCUGGGUGUUUGUGGUGUACUAGCUAUAGUACGAAAAGGAGGAAUUGAAGUUUCCAAAACUAUUUAAGAUUAUUAUUUUUAAUUUUUUUUAUGUCUCUUAACUCUAUGUGUGAUUUAAAGAAAGAAGGAGUUUUAUAACUUAUUAAAAACUGCAGAAAGCUGUAGAGAACACAAGUUUUUUUUCUGAUUCUCUUAAGCAAUGAGCGAUGAUUUACGACUUGUUCAGAUGUUGAUUUAUUUAUAUUUUUUGAUUCUGCACAACUUUUGAAUAUUUGGUAUAGCUUUUGAUAUGUAAGGCUUUGAGAGAAAUAGGCCUUUUGUGUACAUAGAAAAAGUCUUAGAUCUUUGAGUUCAGCUUAUGAAAAAUGGGGGCAAAAAUAAAAGUGUUGUGUUUAUAAUUUUGUUCAGUGUAGAUGGCUAGUCACAAAAGUGACAUUUUAAAGUAAAUUUAAAAUGUAAGGUCAGAGUAGCUGAACUGACUUUGAUAAUUUUUACAGUUUGACUAUUUUGAUCUUAAUUUUGAAAUUCACUUUGAAUUCUCACUUUGCUGUUAGACUCAGGUCACUGUUGGCUUGUGGUGCUCUAAGCACCGUAAUGUAAUGUAAUGUAAUGUUGCAGACAGAUAAUUUAAUUGUAUAUUCUAGUACUGUCUAAUAAAUGGAAAAUAAUGGAUAAUCUAACAUCAACCACAGUCGGAACCAAAAUAGGCUUUUAAUGAUUUGCUUUCAUUCUUCUCCCAACAGCGAAGCUGUAGUAAUUGCGGAAAUAGUUUCUGUUCGAGAUGCUGUUCUUUCAAAGUUCCAAAAUCUGUUAUGGGAGCCACAGGUAGGUACCGCCCAUCUGAGAUAUACAUUGCCAUUUCCAUUCAGAAAGAGGACUACUAGAAAAUAAUAAACUCAGUAUUACUAUAAUAUCCCUAUAUAAUAGUAUAUAAAGAAUUGUACUGAUUGCAAACUCACUAAGAGGAGUUGCGAUGCAUCCGUGCAAUUUGCCCACAGAGGAGGCGAAGUUAGGCUUUUUUGCGGUUUAUGACGGAGAAAUAAUGUGCAUUAUUUGAUUCAUGAAUGAGUGGAUUAAGGUGCCUUCAUAGUGUUUUAAAGACAAAUAUUUACAUAAAAACUGACCCGAUGUUAUGCCAAGCCUUAUUAUGCUACCUAACACUAGCAGCAAGUUGCAUGCCUUGGGAGGUCUUCGGACCUAGGGUUACUAAGCUGAAAUUGGUGACUCACACUACUGCAGGGAUACAAUAUGUUUUCUUCUCUUAACAUGUUGAUAGUAGGGUACUAAAUGGUCUUAUAUCACAUCUUCCAGGCCUGAUGGUGUAUUGUCAUCAUUAACACUGUCAUGACCAUAAUGCCUGUACCCAUUAAUGUAACUAUAUGCGAUAGGUUGUAAGACAUGAUCAUUUUGUUAUUCUCUAACUACGGGCCCCGCGUGGUCCUCUGCAAAGAAAUAAAUCUCAAUAAAAACUAUAUUUAAAAACAAGUGUUACAUAUAUGUGAUAUUAUUUAUUAUCAAUGUGGAGUAAAAAUAUGCAAAAUCUGGUCAGUAAAAUUCCUGCUGUUCUAUUACCGUAACAUGCAAACCUUUUUACGUAUAGAUUUGAGCAUGUUCCUUGUAGCAUGCUCAAAUCUAUACGUGAAAAGGUUUGCAUGUUACGGUAAUCACAAUAGGUUUUAAUAAUAAUUUCUAUAUGCAUUGAGUAUACAAGGAAAGGGCAUGGUUUAUCUACUGAAAAAAUGUUGAAAGUUGCUAAGCAGUAUUUUAUUUGCAAUACUAUGAUAUAAACUGCACUGUUAAUGCUCAACAUAUUCCUCUCGUGGUGGUUUUGGGAGCAGUGGUGUCUGAAAUACCUCAUUGUGAUAAAGUGCGGGCAGUGACAUGGAUAAUAUGAUAAAUGGUGAAAAGACAAAGCAAACACGUAUCUGUUUUUCUUUCCAGCUCCCGAUGCACAGAGAGAAACUGUGUUUGUGUGCGCUGUUUGCAAUCAGGCGUUAAACAAGUAAGAAUUGGAUAAUCUCUGUGGACCACAAACACAAUACGUUCCUCAACCCUCAGUUAAGCUUAGAAUGAUCUACAGGAAAUGGCAUCUCAGUUGUAAGAGUGUAAUUACACUAAAAACUGUCCGUCUCGUGCACCGAGGACCCUUACACGCUUUCUGUUUAGCUAUUUAGAUGCAUAUUCUGUAUGCUCUAAAGCGGUCGGAUCAUGUAGUAAAACCAAUCCUAGAACUUUGGUGAAGAUGCGUAAGGAAUACAGAUUCUUUUCAUAGCUGCUUAAAAAAAACCCUGUUGUAAAACAAUAUUGACAUUCAGUUAAAUGCCCAAUUAAAAUGGCAUUGAUGAGGUGAGAUCGCAUUGUGGUCCAGAUUUGUAGACUAGAAGAGAAAGUCAGCCCGCAGAACGGUUCCAUGUAUGCUAACGAAGCUGAUUGCUCAUAUAUGAACUCGAGGGAUGUUUUGGUAAGGUUGCAGAAAUGAUAUGGUCUUAUGGAGAUUGAUCUCCUGUUUCAGGCCCGGAUAAGCAGUCAUUGAAGAAUCGAAUCUACAACCUUGUGAAUUGAAGCCUAUCAUUUUCUGCUAAUGUGUCUUGAAUGCCUGGAUCCCUCUUUGCACAUCAGUGUCAGUUGGUUAAUAGCCUUUCAGUAAAGUUGCAGUGUAUGCAAGAGUUUUGUAGAUGAAUAGAGGCUAUAUGAGCUCCGUCUAUGACCUGUAAUUAUUCCAGUGGCUGUCAUUUUUCUGACUUCAGAUAGCAAAAUGCAGAGCGGACAAGAUGUAAUUUUUUUUUGCUGGCACGCAACAGAAAUGUUUAUUGCUCAAUAUUAACUCCAUCUGAGCUGGAGACAUUGGUUUCCAAAUUAAAAAAAGGUUAGGAAAUCCACGAAAUACCAUUGAGUAAAAUGUUGCCUGACAAACGUUGGUAUAUAUUUUCUUUUGUUAAAGUCUAAUUGUUAAUUAAUAUUGGAAUGAUAUCCUACUGCUAUAAAACUAUUUUUUUCUAGAGCUUUAGGUGUUGAGCUGUUUUUUUAAACACAUAAAAAACUUAUGGGACUAUGUGCAAUGGUUUCCGACACAUUAAAUACAUAGGGUUGUUGCCUUAAAUGAGUGCUGAUUUUAUAUAUGAGGACUGAGGGUUUAACAAAUCUUGCAAUGGCUAUUCAGGCCAACCUAGGACCCCGCAGUUAUUGCUAAUGUUGUCUUUGUUUAAUAAAGAGAGGGAUGCUUUGUUAUUUUGUGUGCGUGUCAUGGUACAGCAGGAAUACGAACAAAAUAAUGAGUUGUACGAAAUGUGUGUGUGUGUAUGUAAAAAUAACACUGGAUCGGUUAAUACGUUUUCAAAACAUACAAGUAAAUCUUCAGUCAUUCCAUGAAAUCUAGAUUAAGUAUGUCUGUAUGUAUUAGAGAAGGGUUUUUUCGUAACUGUAAUUUUUCUUGUAUAAAUGAAUAACUGCUCCUACUUUCUGCCGCUCCCUACUGUACAUGCCUGUCAUUACAUAUUAACACAUAAAAGCACAAUCACUGCCCUUAGAUAUCCAUCAAAUAUACUGGAAGUAAUGCUUCGUUUUACUUGGCGAGUGUCAAUGGUUCUUAGUGUUGAGUAAAUGCCAUGGAAACCAAUGGAAUGUUUCUGCUGAUUGCUCCACUGUACACGCUAUGCCCAGUCGAUAACUAUAUAAUCUCCAAUGUAUGUAUCCAUCUGAUAGCUGCCCAGUGGAUGUCUUUAAAUAUCUGCUUUUAUAUUUCACCGAUACUUUGCACUGGCCUUUGGCAAAAUGCGUGCAGAAAAUGUCUAAAUCGAUUUUUAAAUUCUAUUCUAUUUUAGUCUUUAAAGGGAUACAAGUAAAGAAAUGAAAUGCCUAAAGUCAGGCGAGAUAUUUAACCUUUGACAGAACUAGUAGCCCUCUCAUAUAGGAGUACUGAGUAUGGCUUCAGUAUCGGUGUUACUUUGCUUCUGGACUUACACCUCUGCAACACUCAGUAGAGAUAUAACCUAUCACUGUUCUACAUGCUGUUAUAGAAAAACAGUGACAUUAAAUGAAACCGUUUUUUUAUGUCUAUUAAUUGUACCUUUUAAGAUAUGUGUAUGAAUUAUGCUUUAUUUAUUAUAUUUAUUGCAAUGUCCUGUAGAUUGAAGAUAAUGUACGCCUGCAUUCUGUCUGUUUUUUAUGUAGAAAUCAAAUAUUUUAAUAUUGUGUGUCAGCAUUUAAUGUUACGCUAAUAUUUUUCUUCUUAUAUGCGGGCAUUAAUUCCUAAUUUUAAAGAAAAAAAAAAUCAAGCGAUCUAUGUCUCUUAUUUUAACACUAUAGGUGCCAAAGACAAGCAAAAGACAAUGGACUUCAAGGGUUUAAUGUCUUUGACCUUGAUGUCCCCCCAUAAGCAAUUUAUUGUGCAUAUUUAAAGGGAUAUACAAAAUGUACAUACAUACGUAUGUAUAUAUUAAUGCACAUACACAUAGCUCUGAUUGCAUAUUGUACAGGUCCCCUUUACUACUGUGCCCUUGAUAGCAGGCAUGCUAUCGUGAAGGUGCCAGUGACAGAAUAAAGGCCAUAUUCACUGCUUCCAAAAGGGGGUAUCAUCUAAAUGUCUUAAACCAGACACUGACAGGGUUAUACACUAAAGAUAGAAUCCAAAGCAAAUUCUAAGUGGAUAUCAAACGUAAGGGUUAAAAUAGUGAACUGGAAAAAAAGUGCCAGCCAGAUGUUAGCAAUGCUUACAGUUUGUCCUUAGAUUUUGAAUUCACAUAUAUAUAUUUUUUGUUUCUACUUUGUAUGGUCACACCAUCCCAUAUAAUGUUAUUUGAUAUAAUUAAAUAUAUGUGUAUAUCCCUUUAAUGUUGGAUUAACCUGAUUUCUAGACACAUUGAUACACUGUCCUUUUGUUAAUGUGCUCCUGAAUUUAUCUGUACUGUCUUGUUGCACAUACAUUGUCUUAUCCAACAUAUUUUAUUAGCAGAGCAUUAUGGAAUAACUCAUUUCCUUUGUGAAAAAAAAAAUGAUUUAAAAAAGAUUAGAAUGAUUUAUGAAAGGUGCUUGGAAUUGUUAAUUUGUUUUUGUUGCUUUUUAAAUGUUAAUUUUUGUAUAUUUAACUGCUUUAUGUGGC